AUGCCUCCUCAUCUUGACUGGAGAAUGGUGAUGGAUGCUGACCCAGAACAGCUGCAGGAGAGCGGAGAUGCAGAGAUAAUCAACCACAUGUUUUUACAGGUACAGUGACAUUACUGUUCCCGAAACACACAUACCUGUUCCUAGGUGUCCAUGCGUGCACCUCAAAUAUUCUAAUCUGAUAGUACUGUUUCCCAAGUGUGUUUCAAUCAAAUAGUCCAAUCUAGUGAGUGGUCGGUCCCUGCUGCCCCUGACAAAAGCAUCAGACUGAUUUGUCGGUGUAAACAACGCAAAGGACUCCGCUGCCUGCUGCCAAAUUACAGACUGCCUGUGUCACCAAAAUGCCUAAAAACAGACUAAUCCUCUUCUGUGCACCUAAUUUUGAUCCCCCUACCAUUUCCCUAUUUGGCUAGGAAAGCACCUGGCUUGUAGACUAAACAAACAUGUAAGCAAUUUUGACCUCUGAUACCAGUGAGACAGGAACAUGCAUAAAAUACCAAGCAGUACUUGUUCCUGGGUCUAGACUGCUAUGCACAGGGUUUACUUCAUUUUGCACCUAGCAGUACAGUUGUUGAUGUGUUUCUGCCUGAGGUCAAAUUCGCAUUAUGUUUAAUUGAACAGCCUUGGUGCUCUAUUUCUCUGCAGGUCAAAAGAUGGGAGCGGGAGCUGAAAGAUGGAAGCCCAGAGGAAAUUGUUCAGCUCUUGCGAGUCGCUCAGGGCCUUCUGAAGGUGUCCCAUGCUAUAAUUACCCAGACACAUCCAGAGCUGCAUUACUCAAGCUCACUAAAACUGUGUUCCAUCACUGUGCUGAAAUGAAAUCCUGAAAUGAUUUCAUCCAAUGUUAAUAUCAGUGGAAUACAUAAUGUAGUUGGUGUGAAGGAAUAAGCUCUACACAGUGUGGUAUAAGUAAUAGAGUACAGUUUGAUUAUAUUUGCUUAAUCUCUUGACCUGCUUGUGUGUGGAUUUACAGUAUGCAUCUGUUAUAGUCUCAGUUUCAUGUUACGUACAGUUGCUGUCAAAUAUAUUGAACCCUUGCACUUUUCUUAAAUAAUUACCUAUUUCUUCUAAAACAAGUUGAAAUUGAAAAUAACUUUUGGUCUCCACACCUUUUUAUUCGAUGUUCAACAUUGCAGAAACCAAUUACAUUUUUGUAAAUUUAAGUUUACCAUUUUUAUUUAGGAAAAUAAAGAUGAGUGGCAUGGACAAAAUUAUUGGCACCCUGGAGCUAGUACUUGGUUGCCAAGAUAACUGCCACAAAUGAUUCUUGUAGUCAUCAAAGAGCUUGCUGCACCUUUCUACUGGCAAUUUGGCCCACUAUUCAGCACGAAACUGCGCUAAUUCUUCAAUGUUUGAAGGGUGCACUCCACCAACUGCUGUUUCCAGCUCUCGCCAUAUGUUAUGCUCUUCACUGGCCACUCCAGAACAGUCCAGUGUUUCUUUUUUAAUCAUUCUAAGGUGCUUUUUAUGUGUGUUUGGGGUUGUUGUCCUACUGGAAGACCCACAACCUUCAACAGAGACACAGUUUUUGGGCACUGGAUUGAACAUUGCACUUCAAAACACCUUAAUAAUCUACUGAUUUAAUAUCUUGCACACAAUCAAGGCCUCCAGUACCAGAGGCAGCAAAGCAACCCCACAGCAUGUUCAUUGAAUUAUGCUUAAUUUGGUGCUCAGUAAACACAGCGCUGGUCUGUAUUGCCAAAGAGCUCUAAAAUCAUUUAAUUGGUCCACAUAACAUUUCUCCCAGGAUUUAGGUUUGUUAGGCAUAAUGAAAUCAGCAGAUUAUCAGGUGUUUUGUAGUCCAAUGGUCAGACCAGUGUCCAAAAACUGGGUCUCCACUGAAGGUUGUGGGUCUUCCAGCAGGACAACAAACCAAAACACACAUCAAAAAGCAUCUAGGAAUGGUUAAGAAGAGAUGCUGGACUGUUCUGUAGUGGCCAGUGAAGAUAACAGAUCUGAAUCACAUCCAAAACCUAUAGUGGGAUCUGAAAACCGUAGUUGGUGGCGGGUACCCCUCAAAUAUAGAAGAAUUAGAGCAGUUUUCUGCUGAAAAGUAUGCCGAAUUGUCAAUAGAAAGGUGCAGCAAGCUCAUUGAUGGCUACAAUAAGUGUUUGUCGGCAGUUAUCUUGGCCAAAGGCUGUGAAACCAAGUACUAGCUCCAGGGUGCCAAUAAUACUUUUCUUUAUUUUUUUAUUACAAUUGUAAACUUAAGUUGAAAAUCCAAUAACAAGGUGUGCUGACCAACCUUUUCUAUAUACGAUAUACCACCCAAGCCUUUCAAAAUCUUUAUAUAUUUUUGCAGUUGAAGAAAGAGGAGGUUACCAUGGCAUUUGAACUCAUCGAUAAUGCCGGGACAGAACAAGCUAGAUCGGGUAGGUGCAUAAAGCAUUAUUUGCAAUCCAGUUGUUGGGACUAGUGUUUGAAAUGAAUGGCCCACAGUCGAUACUACAACAGUAUCUAUUUUGUGUCUUACAGAAAAUGAGUGGAAGGCCAAGGAGUUAAAGUGGGAACAAGAGUUAGAGGUAAGGCUUGGUGUGAAUGUUGUCAUUAAAUGAAACGGUGAAGCUUUAGGGUCCAAUCGAAACUGCCGGUUCUGGAUAGCAGUUUUGAUUGAAUUGGACCACAGGUCAUUUCACCUCAUGCUGCUCAGUUUCCUUCAAUAGGACUUAGUACACCUCUCAGCCAAUAGUAAAGUCACUCACUGUCCACAAAGGAGAUUGUAAGCUGUGACCAUAGAAUGACGGCACUUAAGGAGAUUAGAGUGCUCUGCUAAGCUGCGGUUUGUUGUGCUUUUCUCUGCGUUUCCUGAACAAUAAUUUUGCCCUGGGACUUUUUUACACUUUCAUAGAAGCAAAUGGACACAUAAACUAAUCUUGUUUUGAGAGCCUGGUGGUAGUUUAAUUACAUGAGUAAGUGUUGUAAACAGAGGGAGUCUGAGAGUUUGUUGUCUGCUUGAUUUCCUGUCCAGAUGGCCAAGAAGUCGGGCGUUGGCGGCGGGCCAGACACUCGCUUCAUGCGGGGCGAGAUGCGCACACUGGAAGCCCAGUUGGACCGUAGAGAGAAGGACAUCCAACAUUUGGAGAAAGAGACGAGCAAGGAGAAGAAAAUCAAUGAGGAAGUAUGACCUUAUGUUAUAAGACGUCAUUAAUUCCAUAGCAAGCUAGUGUCAAUUUGUGUCAUUGUGUACUCAAUACUAUACUAAGACCUUCCUACUUUGAAAAGCAUGUCAUGCAAUGUCAUACUAGUGCAAAAUGUUACAUUGAUUUUACUGUAUGUAGCCUAUACAAAGUCACCUCCCAUUGCGUUCACAGUUCCCAUGCACCUAAUAUCUCCCAUAUGUUCCCACAGUUGAUGAUUCGGGCAGAGGAGGCUGAGGAUGAGAGCAGGAAGCUGAAAAGAGAGGUUAGUGACAGCUUGGUCAUGUCUGAAUUGGGGAGGCACUACCUGAACAUUUAUUUUUGUUUGCCGUUUCAAAAUGAUUUGCUACGUUGUGCCCAAAUUAUGAUAAUGCCCUUUUUAGUGUAAGAGCUGUUUGAAAAGACCGCCUGAAAUUUCAGCCUGUUUUGGUGGGAUGGAGUUUUUGCAUUUCUCAAUAUACCAAUAAGAAAGAGAGUUCCAAACCUCUCUGCCAGUAACAGCUAGUUUUCAGUUUCCCCAUUCCCACUAAGAUCACUCCCUGACAGUGCUAGCAAAAUUAUUGCUUGAGAUAUUGCUCUUUGUGAAGAAGCUAUUUUAGUUUAUUUUUGACCAUUUUAAUUGAAAACAAUCACAGUAAGUUUUUCAUUGUUACCCAAAAAUGAUUUGACAUUGAGAUAAGAACAGCUGCAUUGGACCUUUAAAGGUGAAAAUACGUGUUAGUCUAAGUGAAGAAAACACUAGUGUGUGUCUGUCUGCGUGUGUGUUAACUGUUCAUAAUAUAUGUAUGACAGUAUACACCAGUAUAAGUGUGUGUUAACUGUUCAUAAUACGUGUAUGACCGUAUAUACCAGUAUAAGUGUGUGUUAACUGUUCAUAGUACGUGUAUGACCGUAUAUACCAGUAUAAGUGUGUGUUAACUGUUCAUAAUAUGUGUAUGACAGUAUACAGACGUGGUCAAACGUUUUGAGAAUGACACAAGUAUUGGUCUUCACAAAGUUUGUUGCUUCAGUGUUUUUAGUUAUUUUUGUCAGAUGUUACUAUGGUAUACUGAAGUAUAAUUACAAGCAUUCCAUAAGUGUCAAAGGCUUUUAUUGACAAUUACAUUAAGUUUAUGCAGAGUCAAUAUUUGCAGUGUUGAUCCUUCUUUUUCAAGACCUCUGCAAUCCACCCUGGGCCACAUCCUGACUGAUGGCAGUCCAUUCUUGCAUAAUCAAUGCUUGGAGUUUGUCAGAAUUUGUGGGGUUUUGUUUGUCCACCCGCCUCUUGAGGAUUGACCACAAAUUCUCAAUGGGAUUAAGGUCUGGGGAGUUUCCUGGCCAUGGACCCAACAUUUCGAUGUUUUGUUCCCCGAGCCACUUAGUUAGCACUUUUGCCUUAUGGCAAGGUGCUCCAUCAUGCUGGAAAAGGCAUUGUUCGUCAACAAACUGUUCUUGGAUGGUUGGGAGAAGUUGCUCUCGGAGGAUGUGUUGGUACCAUUCUUUAUUCAUGGCUGUGUGCAAAAUUGUGAGUGAGCCCACUCCCUUGGCUGAGAAGCAACCCCACACAUGAAUGGUCUCAGGAUGCUUUACUGUUGGCAUGACACAGGACUGAUGUUAGCGCUCACCUUGUCUUCUCCGGACAAGCUUUUUCCGGAUGCACCAAAAAAUCGGAAAGGGGAUUCAUCAGAGAAAAUAACUUUACCCCAGUCCUCAGCAGUCCAAUCCCUGUACCUUUUGCAGAAUAUCAGUCUGUCCCUGAUGUUUUUCCUGGAGAGAAGUGGCUUCCUCGCUGCCCUUCUUGACACCAGGCCAUCCUCCAAAAGUCUUCGCCUCACUGUGCGUGCAGAUGCACUCACACCUGCCUGCUGCCAUUCCUGAGCAAGCUCUGCACUGGUGGUGCCCUGAUCCCGCAGCUGAAUCAACUUUAGGAGACGGUCCUGGCCCCUGCUGGACUUUCCUGGGCGCCCUGAAGCCUUCUUCACAACAAUUGAACCUCUCUCCUUGAAGUUCUUGAUGAUCCGAUAAAUGGUUGAUUUAGGUGCAAUCUUACUAGAAGCAAUAUCCUUGCCUGUGAAGCCCUUUAUGUGCAAAGCAAUGAUGACGGCACGUGUUUCCUUGCAGGUAACCAUGGUUAACAGAGGAAGAACAAUGGUUUCAAGCACCACCCUCCUUUUAAAGCUUCCAGUCUGUUAUUCUAACUCAAUCAGCAUGACAGAGUGAUCUCCAGCCUUGUCCUCGUCAACACUCUCACCUGUGUUAACGAGAGAAUCACUGACAUGAUGUCAGCUGGUCCUUUUGUGGCAGGGAUUAAAUGCAGUGGAAAAGUUUUUUGUGGAUUAUGUUCAUUUUCAUGGCAAAGAGGGACUUUGCAAUUAAUUGCAAUUCAUCUGAUCACUCUUCAUAACAUUCUGGAGUAUAUGCAAAUUGCCAUCAUAAAAACUGAGGCAGCAGACUUUAAUUAAUAUUUAAUAUUUGUGUCAUUCUCAAAACUUUUGACCACGACUGUACACCAGUAUAAGUGUGUGUUGUAGUAUGUGGUUGGACAAGUAUAUGAUGAUGUAGUAGUUAGCAUUUAACCUAUGAGAGUAGAUUAGGCACUGGGUCCCACUACUCCUCUCUAACUGUUUCUCCUUGGUGUGUGUCAGAACGAGCAGCUCCAGCAGGAUGUAGACUUCUACAGGAGGGAGCUGGACCAGAAGGAGCCGGUCCAGUCCAGAGAGGAGAGUACUGAGACACAGAGGAGGCUCAACUCAGCCAACAGACAGCUCUACCAGUGCAUGGAAGACGUGCAGGUACUGCAGACACCAAACUGCACUUACAGUAUACCCUUUCAUACAAAGAGUCUGCCUCGAAGAGUACUGCGCUGAUUUGGAUAUUAUCCUAAUGCGUAACCAGACCAGCGCAGUACAACUCGGCUUGACUUGGCUCAGUAGUGUCAAAAGGAUAUUGGGGACAAGUCCUGACUUGAGAAACACAAGGACAAAAUCUUCCAUUGAUAUCAAUGCAUGAUUUACAUUGCUUACUGUACUAACCCCAGAACUGUGUCCUCACUCCUCUACCUCUAGCGUGCGGAGGAAGAGGUAGCCCACCUGAAGACACAGAACGAUCAGAUGCAGAAGAGCCUAGAGGAGUCAGUGAAGGAGAUGGAGAAGAUGACGGACGAGUACAACAAGAUGAAGAUCGUCGUGCAGCAGACAGACUCCAUCAUGGACCAGCUGAGGAAGGAGAGGGACCACGCCAAGCUACAGGUAGCCCAGAGGGACAAAAUUACAGGUUGCAAACUGGUUUUCUGGUUAUACGGAAAAAUGUAAAGGUUGAACCUGGGAAAGUUUCAGCACUGCUUUGCAUAGACUUUAUGAAGCAUUUCUAAUAUCGAAACAUUUUUGUGAAUUGACACUGUAAAUAACGUACAUCCAUUGGUGCUGAAUAAAAACAAUGUACUACUGUGUGCUGUGUUCUUCACUUCAGGUCAGAGAGCUGACGGAGCAGAUUCAGAGCCGGGCGGAGGAAGAUGACCCUGUCAUGGCAGCCGUCAACGCCAAGGUGGACGAAUGGAAGGUGGGUGUUCUCACAUCAUUUACCUGGCUUGGAGAAAAGGCAGCAGGUGAUACACUGACGGUAUCAAGUACUGCAUGCUGCUGUCUGUAUGUUUUCUGAAUCAUUAAAGAACUUGACAACACACAGCUAAUUAUGUGUAGAGGGAAUAUUUACAUUUAUUCUUCACACUUCAAACAUUAGUAGUCAGUCAGCAUAAAUUAAAACAUUUUGGCUUUGGGCCUGUCUUCGUCAAGGCAUACUGCCUGGUUAGUUGCAGUUGUGUGGUUUUCAGUCAGUGGCCCUGGGAUCUCUGCGUUUGCGUUUCUGUGAGUGGCCUUGGUUGUGUUUGUGAUUUGUGAUUUUCAGAGAGUGCUGGCUGGGAAGGAUGAGGAGAUCAUGGAGUACCAGCAGAUGAUCCGCGAGUUAAGGGACAAGCUACGCUCGGCCCAGAUGGACACAGACAAGAGCAACAUCAUCGCCUUGCAGCAGGUCCGUCUCAAAGCUGAAAAUCCUUAUCUUUAUAUAAAUAAACACAUAUAAAUACAUCUAAGAAACUUGGCUAGAUCGGAAUUUUACUUUUACAUUUGAGUCAUUUAGCAGACGCUCUUAUCCAGAGCGACUUACAGUAGUGAGUGCAUACAUUUUCAUACUUCAAUUGAGAUAGUUAAUUGUUCCUGUGAGGGAACUUUUUGUGUGGUGUUUGGUACUUACAGUACAUGGAACGACACAUGCAAAUUAUUUUAAAAACAGUGGCAUUUUAUACUUUAUUGUUGUUUUUAUCGCACUGCUUUGCUUUAUCUUGGCCAGGUCGCAGUUGUAAAUGAGAACUUGUUCUCAACUGGCUUACCUGGUUAAAUAAAGGUGAAAUACAAAUUUUUAAUUAGGAAAUCUCUAAAUCUAUCAGUUCAAACAAUGUGUUUUUUGUUUAUCUUUCUUUAUCUUUGAAAUAUCUGUCUGUUAAAAGAUACAUAUAUUUCAACGGUGAACAUAUUUUAACUACGUGCCAGGGGCUGGGUUUCUACUAAGCUAACAUAUGGAAUUGUUUUAAGAUGGUCAUACCAAGCAUCAUGUAGCUAUUUGAUUUAGAAUUUUAGGACCCCUGUAGGUAUAAAAAUAUAUAUAUACAGUACCAGUCAAAAGUCUGGACACAGCUACUCAUUCCAGGGUUUUUCUUUAUUUUGACUAUUAUUCUACAUUGUCAGGGACGGCAGGUAGCUUAGUGGUUAAAAGCGUUGUGCCAGUAACCGAAAGGUCGCUGGUUCAAAUCCCCGAGCCAACUAGGUGAAAAUCUGUCGAUGUGCCCUUGAGCAAGGCACUUAACCCUAAUUGCUCCUUUUUUGGUUACUACAUGUCAUAGUUUUGAUGUCUUCACUAUUAGUCUACAUUUACAUUACAUUUUAGUCAUUUAGCAGACGCUGGAUAAGAGCGUCUGCUAAAUGACUAAAAUGUAAUGUAAAUGUAGAAUAAUAGUGAAGACAUCAAAACUAUGACAUGUAGUAACCAAAAAAGUGUUAAACAAAUUAAAAUAUAUUUUAUAUUUGAGAUUCUUCAAAUAGCCCCCAUUUGCCUUGAUGAAAGCUUUGCACACUCUUGGCAUUCUCUCAACCAGCUUCAUGAGGUAGUCACCUGGAAUGCAUUUCAAUUAACAGGUGUGCCUUGUUAAAAGUUAAUUAAUGCGUUUGAGCCAAUCAGUUGUGUUGUGACAAGGUAGGGGUGGUAUACAGAAGAUAGCCCUAUUUGGUAAAAGACCAAGUCCAUAUUAUGGCAAGAACAGCUCAAAUAAGCAAAGGGAAAUGACAGUCCAUCAUUACUUUAAGACAUGAAGGUCAGUCAAUCCAGAACAUUUCAAGAACUUUGAAAGUUUCUUCAAGUGCAGUCGCAAAAACCAUCAAGUGCUAUGAUGAAACAGGCUCUCAUGAGGACCGCCACAGGAAAGGAAGACCCAGAGUUACCACUGCUGCAAAGGAUAAGUUAAUUAGAGUUAACUGCACCUCAGAUUGCAGCCCAAGUAAAUGCUUCACAGAGUUCAAGUAACAGACACAUCUCAACAUCAACUGUUCAGAGGAAACUGCGUGAAUCAGGCCUUCAUGGUCAAAUUGCUGCAAAGAAACCACUACUAAAGGACACCAAUAAGAAGAAGAGACUUACUUGGGCCAAGAAACACGAGCAAUGGACAUUAGAUCGGUGGAAAUCUGUCCUUUGGUCUGAUGAGUCCAAAUUUCAUAUUUUUGGUUCCAACCGCCAUGUCUUUGUGAGACGCAGGGUAGGUGAACAGAUGAUCUCCGCAUGUGUGGUUCCCACCGUGAAGCAUGGAGGAGGAGGUGUGAUGGUGUGUGUGUGUGCUUUGCUGGUGACAAUGUCUGUGAUUUAUUUAGAAUUCAAGGCACACUUAAACAGCAUGGCUACCACAGCAUUCUGCAGCGAUACGCCAGCCCAUCUAGUUUGGGCUUAGUGGGACUAUCAUUUGCUUUUCAACAGGACAAUGACCCAACACACCUCCAGGCUGUGUAAGGGCUAUUUGACCUAGAAGGAGAGUGAUGGAGUGCUGCAUCAGAUGACCUGGCCUCCACAAUCACCCGACCUCAACCCAAUUGAGAUGGUUUGGGAUGAGUUGGACCACAGAGUGAAGGAAAAGCAGCCAACAAGUGCUCAGCAUAUGUGGGAACUCCUUCAAGACUGUUGGAAAAGCAUUCCAGGUGAAGCUGGUUGAGAGAAUGCCAAGAGUGUGCAAAGCUGUCAUCAAGGCAAAGGGUGGCUACUUUGUAGAAUCUAAAAUAUAUUUGGAUUUGUUUAACACUUUUUGUUAUUUCAUAGUUUUGAUGUCUUCACUAUUAUUCUACAAUGUAGAAAAUGGUAAAAAUAAAGAAAAACCCUUGAAUGAGUAGGUGUGUCCAAACAUUUGACUGGUACUGUAUAUAAAAACAGUAUUUGAUGAAACAUUGAUGUCACGGAGACCGCCGAGGCUGCUCCUCCUCCUUGCUCGGGCAGGCUUCGGCGUUCGUCGUCCCCGGAGUACUAGCUACUACCGCUUGAUGUUUUCGAUGUUUGUUUGGUUAUGUCUAGUUGGUGCACCUGUCUCGUAUUCUGUCUUGAUUAUGUCUCCUAUAAGUUCCCCUGUGUUAGGUUUGCAUUUUGUGUGUUAUUGUCCGCCUGUCUUGUAUGUUUAGGUUCUUUGGCUUUUGUGGGAUUUACGCACUCGCGUAUUUGUUACACGUGGAAAUGCCCUAUUCACUUCCAUUUGUUUUUCGGCCCGGUACCGUGUUACCUUCAGACAAGUCCUGUGACACUUGUGGAGGUCGUAGAUUAGUGUUUAGCCCCAACCGUUCAGACUCUACAGACAGAUGUUGGCACAUCGGCAGUACCAACUUCAGACAAGAUACUGUAUCUUUGUGUUCCAUCUGUCAUUUUCACUGCAGCUUCUCUUCUGUUCAUUCUGUUCUUUUCUCCUGUUUUCUCCUGUCUUUACUUGCACUCGCAUCACUAACUCGUGGCCAGGUCAUAUAUGAGCUAUGUGGUGUAAGUUACUCGGUCUUCCAUAUUUCUUGUCUAUUUUACAUACCUCUCUCUGCUUUCAUUUAAUUUAAUUUCACAAUAUCUCAUGUCUUUUAUUACACAUUAUUGUCCACAAAUCACAACCUGCUGUGCUCUUCCGUGGUUGUCUUUGUACUAAUGCUGGAUCCAAACUAAUAAAAUGUUUAUGAAUGUCUUCAAGGCCGUGCAAGAGAGGGACAAUCAAAUCAAGAUGCUGACAGAGCAAGUGGAGCAGUAUACGGGGGAGAUGGAGAGAAAUGCCCUGCUCAUAGAGGAACUCAAGAAGCCCCUGAAGAAAGACAGAGGUGCGUGUCAAAUUGUCUUGUAAAAGCACAUGGAUCUGGAUGCUGUUAAAAAGGAAUUUUGUUCUUGGUGUCAGCCAAGGCUGCUAUGCACCAACAUUGCUAUAAGAUUGAAAAGGUGUGGGAGUGUGGGAAUUCGCUGCAGGUUAGUUGGCGCCAACUUUACAGUAUAUUUUUUUGCUUCAGCCAGUUUAGCUAAAAUGUUUCUUAAAGGGAAGCCAUUUAGGCCGUUAGAGUUAGCAUUUGUAUCUCUAGUGUAGCACAGAACCAUUGACUCUGAUGUAGCAUUGUUAGCAAUAGCUCAUAGCUUUAAGUUUUUCCCCAGGUCUGCCCUCAGCUGUCCAGCAGAGGAAGCUGGACGAGCUAACCGCUAAGCUGCAGGCCACAGAGACAAGAGCACGGGAGGCAGAACGUGUGGCCGAGCUAGCCGAGACAGACGCCAGGGACAAGGACAAAGAGCUCAGUGACACCUUAAGCCAUAUGAGACUUUAUGAGUCUGUAAGUCUGCUCAGCCUGCCCGGUUUCACACAUGCUCAGUUGCUUAAGGUUCUCCAACAAGGUCAACUUCUUCUACCCUAAUCAGAAAAAAAUUUUCCCCUACCCCUGUGGUUAUUUUCAUGACUAAUGCAACAGGCUUUGUUUUCGAGAUGUCUGGUCUGUCAAAGCUUGUAUCCUAGAUUAAACAAAGUACGAAAGCCAUGGCUGAUCUCUCUUGUCUCUCUUUACUGUCCUGCAGGGCACUGACGGUCUGCAGGUGGCCAUCGCUGAGAUCAAAGAGUGUAAGCAUCAAAUGAGAGUGCGAGACCGUGAGGCGGAGGCUAUGACCAGAGAGAUCAACCAGCUGGAGAUGAGAAUCAACAACCUUCUGGACGAAAACGAAGAUCUUAGGGAACGACUCGGUAAGUCCCACACAAAACAAAUGUAAUUAACAAACUUCAAGUCACAUUUUAUUUAAUGUUCAUUUCACAAUGUCUCAACACAUGUUACAGAUGGAAAUUUAAAAGAACAAGAAACAACAACAAAGAAAUCAAAAACAGAGAGACAGCAGACGCAAAAUUCAUUUUCUGUUGGAAUGUGUUAUAUUUCAUGAAGUUAAGGAAUGAUGUCAUUAGCUAGACAUUUUUUCAUUGUUGUGGUCCUCUGUAGCUCAGCUGGUAGAGCACGGCGCUUGUAACGCCAAGGUAGUGGGUUUGAUCCCCGGGACCACCCAUACACAAAAAUGUAUGCACGCAUGACUGUAAGUCGCUUCGGAUAAAAGCGUCUGCUAAAUGGCAUAUUAUAUCCUUUCAUUUAAUUAAAAAUAACAAGAAACAACAACAAAGAAAGAAUAAACAGAGAGACAGCAGACGCAACAUUUAUUUACUGUAUACAGACCCCUUCACUUUUUCCACAUUUUGUUACGUUACAGCCUUAUUCUAAAAUUGAUUAAAUUGUUUUUUCCCCUCAUCAAUCUACACACAAUACCCCAUAAUGACAAAGCAAAAACUGUUUUUUAGAAACUUGAUGCUAAAUUAUAUAUUUCUUAAAACAACAACUGAAAUAUCACAUUUACAAAGUAUUCAGACGCUUUACUCAGUACAUUUACAUUUACAUCAUUUAGCAGACGCUCUUAUCCAGAGCGACUUACAAAUUGGUGCAUUCACCUUAUAGCCAGUGGGAUAACCACUUUACAAUAUGUUUUAUUUUAUUUUUUGGGGGGGUGGGGUAAGGGGGGUAGAGGGAUUACUUUAUCCUAUCCCAGGUAUUCCUUAAAGAGGUGGGGUUUCAAGUGUCUCCGGAAGGUGGUGAGUGACUCCGCUGUCCUGGCGUCGUGAGGGAGCUUGUUCCACCAUUGGGGUGCCAGAGCAGCGAACAGUUUUGACUGGGCUGAGCGGGAACUGUGCUUCCGCAGAGGUAGUGGGGCCAGCAGGCCAGAGGUGGAUGAACGCAAUGCCCUCGUUUGGGUGUAGGGACUGAUCAGAGCCUGAAGGUACGGAGGUGCAGUUCCCCACACAGCUCCGUAGGCAAGCACCAUGGUCUUGUAGCAGAUGCGAGCUUCAACUGGAAACCAGUGGAGUGUGCGGAGGAGCGGGGUGACGUGAGAGAACUUGGGAAGGUUGAACACCAGACGGGCUGCGGCAUUCUGGAUGAGUUGUAGGGGUUUAAUGGCACAGGCAGGGAGCCCAGCCAACAGCGAGUUGCAGUAAUCCAGACGGGAGAUGACAAGUGCCUGGAUUAGGACCUGUGCCGCUUCCUGUGUAAGGCAGGGUCGUACUCUCCGAAUGUUGUAGGGCAUGAACCUACAGGAUCGGGUCACCGCCUUGAUGUUAGCGGAGAACGACAGGGUGUUGUCCAGGGUCACGCCAAGGCUCUUCGCACUCUGAGAGGAGGACACAACGGAGUUGUCAACCGUGAUGGCAAGAUCAUGGAACGGGCAGUCCUUCCCCGGGAGGAAGAGCAGCUCCGUCUUGCCGAGGUUCAGCUUGAGGUGGUGAUCCGUCAUCCACACUGAUAUGUCUGCCAGACAUGCAGAGAUGCUAUUCGCCACCUGGUUAUCAGAAGGGGGAAAGGAGAAGAUUAGUUGUGUAUCGUCUGCGUAGCAAUGAUAGGAGAGGCCAUGUGAGGAUAUGACAGAGCCAAGUGACUUGGUGUAUAGCGAGAAUAGGAGAGGGCCUAGAACUGAGCCCUGGGGGACACCAGUGGUGAGAGCACGUGGUGCGGGGACAGAUUCUCGCCACUUGGUAGGAGCGACCGGUCAGGUAGGACGCAAUCCAAGAUUGAGCCGCGCCGGAGAUGCCCAACUCGGAGAGGGUGGAGAGGAGGAUCUGAUGGUUCACAGUAUCAAAGGCAGCAGACAGGUCUAGAAGGACAAGAGCAGAGGAGAGAAAGUUAGCUUUAGCAGUGCGGAGAGCCUCCGUGACACAGAGAAGAGCAGUCUCAGUUGAAUGACCAGUCUUGAAACCUGACUGGUUUGGAUCAAGAAGGUCAUUCUGAGAGAGAUAGCAAGAGAGUUGGCUAAAGACGGCACGCUCAAGAGUUUUGGAGAGAAAAGAAAGAAGGGAUACUGGUCUGUAGUUGUUGACAUCAGAGGGAUCGAGUGUUGGUUUUUUGAGAAGGGGUGCAACUCUCGCUCUCUUGAAGACGGAAGGGACAUAGCCAGCGGUCAAGGAUGGGUUGAUGAGCGAGGUGAGGUAAGGGAGAAGGUCACCGGAGAUGGUCUGGAGAAGAGAGGAGGGGAUAGGGUCAAGCAGGCAGGUUGUUGGGCGGCCGGCCGUCACAAGUCGCAAGAUUUUAUCUGGAGAGAGAGGGGAGAAAGAAGUCAAAGCAUAGGGUAGGGCAGUGUGAGCAGGACCAGCAGUGUCAUUUGACUUAACAAACGAGGAUCGGAUGUCGUCAACCUUCUUUUCAAAAUGGUUGACGAAGUCAUCCACAGAGAGGAAGGAGGGGGGAGGGGGGGGGGGGGGGAUUCAGCAGGGAGGAGAAGGUGGCAAAGAGCUUCCUAGGGUUAGAGGCAGAUGCUUGGAAUUUAGAGUGGUAGAAAGUGGCUUUAGCAGCAGAAACAGAUUAAGAAAAUGUAGAGAGGAGGGAGUGAAAAGAUGCCAGGUCCGCAGGGAGUCUAGUUUUCCUCCAUUUCCGCUCGGCUGCUCGGAGCCCUGUUCUGUGAGCUCGCAAUGAGUCAUCAAGCCACGGAGCAGGAGGGGAGGACCGAGCCGGCCGGGAGGAUAGGGGACAUAGAGAGUCAAAGGAUGCAGAAAGGGAGGAGAGGAGGGUUGAGGAGGCAGAAUCAGGAGAUUGGAGGGAGAAGGAUUGAGCAGAGGGAAGAGAUGAUAGGAUGGAAGAGGAGAGAGUAGCGGGAGAGAGAGAGCGAAGUUUGCGACGGCGCAUUACCAUCUGAGUAGGGGCAGAGUGAGUAGUGUUGGAGGAGAGCGAGAGAGAAAAGGAUACAAAGUAGUGGUCGGAGACAUGGAGGGGAGUUGCAGUGAGAUUAGUAGAAGAACAGCAUCUAGUAAAGAUGAGGUCAAGCGUCUUUUGCCUGCCUUGUGAGUUGGGGGGGACGGUGAGAGGGUGAGGUCAAAAGAGGAGAGGAGUGGAAAGAAGGAGGCAGAGAGAAAUGAGUCAAAGGUAGACGUAGGGAGGUUGAAGUCACCCAGAACUGUGAGGGGUGAGCCAUCCUCAGGAAAGGAACUUAUCAAGGCGUCAAGCUCAUUGAUGAACUCUCCAAGGGAACCUGGAGGGCGAUAAAUGACAAGGAUGUUAAGCUUGAAUGGGCUAGUGACUGUGACAGCAUGGAAUUCAAAUGAGGAGAUAGACAGAUGGGUCAGGGGGAAAAGAGAGAAUGUCCACUUGGGAGAGAUGAGGAUUCCUGUGCCACCACCCCGCUGACCAGAUGCUCUCAGGGUAUGCGAGAACACAUGGUCAGACGAGGAGAGAGCAGUAGGAGUAGCAGUGUUUUCAGUGGUAAUCCAUGUUUCCGUCAGCGCCAAGAAUUCGAGGGACUGGAGGGUAGCAUAGGCUCUGCCUUGUUGGCAGCAGAACGGCAGUUCCAGAGGCUGCCUGAGACCUGGAACUCCAUGUGGGUGGUGCGUGCAGGGACCACCAGGUUAGAGAGGCAGCAGCCACGCGGUGUGAGCCGUUUGUAUAGCCUGUGCGGAGAGGAGAGAACAGGGAUAGACAGAGGCAUAGUUGACAGGCUACAGAAAAUGGCUACAAUAAUGCAAAGGAGAUCGGAAUGAAAUGAACUAAACAUCUGGGAAAGGAGAGAGUGGGGCCUCCCUCACUUAUGUUUCACUGAAACACCCAAAUAUAACUCUCCCAACUUCCACCUCAGAAACUAAAAUUGUUGUAAACUACAGCGGUUCAAUGUUUUCUAGGAUUAGACUAACUUAGUUUAUUCAGCUAGCUAACUUGGUACAGUAUUCUUCCGUGAAAAUCGUCCAGGGCACCUAGUCAUAUGACGCCACAGCCAACUAGCAUGCUGGACUCCAACAACACGGUUUAGCACCAAUACUCGGCCACAACAAACCACCAGUGUGUCAACACGCCAAGCAGAUCAUUCGUGUCCGUGUCUAACGUUGUGGGUUAGUCCCGACAGCUUGAGCGAGUCCGUCGUCAACUUAUUCAGCCAGUUAGUUAGCUAGAAUAGUUAGCAUACUAGCUAGCCAUUGCUUUCAGACAAAGAAGAAACCCCUCCUCCCACGGCACGAACACACAGCCAAGCUAAUGUUAAUUAGUCACCCAUGUCCCGAAUUCCAUUGAACGACUCUGGCUACCAGUAUGUAAAAACAAAACACAAAUGUAGGUUAUAACUUACCCCUAGCAGUUACUGUUAGCUAGCCAAGUGCAAAGCUAGCCACUGAAUUGACUCAGCCAGUUCGCGUCUGUUCGCUAGGUCGUUCCAGCCAUUGUUUAGUAGCUAUCCAGGUAGCAACAAGCUAGCUAAAUUUCAAGCACAGUAGCCACUUACUACCUAACGUUACGCUUCAGACAAUGAGGUUAGAAAAACAGCUGAAUGGUAGGCAUUAUUGUAUGUAACUAUUGUAGGCAGCUAGCUGGCGUAAUUACAGGUACUCUCAGGCGUGAAACAACUAUCCACAGUUGCAAAUAGUUACCAGUAGUUACCCGCUAGCUAGUCCAGGUAGUGGGUUAGCUAGCUUCGUGCUUCACCGGGCUCAGUCGAAUACAAUACUAACCUACAAUAAUUACAUACAACAACCCACGAUAACUACCUACAAUACCUAACUACAAUCUAAAUACAUAGUUUAAGCUUUAAGCUUUGUUGAAGCACCUUUGCCAGCGAUUACAGCAUUGAGUGUUCUUGGGUAUGACGCUACAAGCUUGGCACGCCUGUAUUUGGGGAGUUUCUCCCAUUCUUCUCUGCAGAUCCUCUCAAGCUCUGUCAGGUUGGAUGGGGAGCAUUGCUGAACAGCUAUUUUCAGGUCUCUCCAGAGAUGUUCGAUCGGGUUCAAGUCCGGGCUCUGGCUGGGCCACUCAAGGACAUUCAGAGACUUGUCCCGAAGCCACUCCUGCGUUGUUUUGGCUGUGUGCUUAGGGUUGUUGUCCUGUUGGAAGGUGAACCUUCGCCCCAGUCUGAGGUCCUGAGCGCUCUGGAGCAGGUUUUCAUCAAGGAUCUCUCUGUACUUUGCUCCAUUCAUCUUUGCCUCGAUCCUGACUAGUCUGCCAGUCCCUGCCGCUGAAAACAUCCCCACAGCAUGAUGCUGCCACCAGAUUUCCUCCAGAUGUGACGCUUGGCAUUCAGGCCAAAGAGUUCAAUCUUGGUUUCAUCAGACCAGAGCAUCUUGUUUCUCAUGGUCUGCGAGUCUCUUCAAGCGGGCUGUCAUGUGCCUUUUACUGAGGAGUGGCUUCCAUCUGGCCACUUUACCAUAAAGGCCUGAUUGGUGGAGUGCUGCAGAGAUGGUUGUCCUUUUGGAAGGUUCUCCCAUCUCCACAGAGGAACUCUGGAGCGCUGUCAGAGUGACCAUCAGGUUCUUGGUCACCUCCCUGACCAAGGCCCUUCUCCCACGAUUGCUCAGUUUGGCCGGGCGGCCAGCUCUAGGAAGGGUCUUGGUGGUUCCAUUUUAAAAAAUGGAGGCCACUGUGUUCUUGGGGACAUUCAAUGCUGCAGAAGUACCCUUCCCCAGAUCUGUGCCUCGACACAAUCCUGUCUCGAAGCUCUACGUACAAUUCCUUCGACCUCAUGGCUUGGUUUUUGCUCUGACAUGCACUGUCAACUGUGGGACCUUAUAUAGACAGGUGCGUGCCUUUCCAAAUCAUGUCCAAUCAAUUGAAUUUACCACAGGUGGACUCCAAUCAAGUUGUAGAAACAUCUCAAGGAUGAUUAAUGGAAACAGGAUGCACCUGAGCUCAAUUUUCGAGUCUCAUAGUAAUACUUAUGUAAAUAAGGUACAGUGGGGAAACAUUUUAUUUAGUCAGCCACCAAUUGUGCAAGUUCUCCCACUUAAAAAGAUGAGAGGCCUGUAAUUUUCAUCAUAGGUACACGUCAACUAUGACAGACAAAAUGAGAUGUUUUUUCUCCAGAAAAUCACAUUGUAGGAUUUUUAAUGAAUUUAUUUGCAAAUUAUGGUGGAAAAUAAGUAUUUGGUCAAUAACAAAAGUUUCUCAAUACUUUGUUAUAUACCCUUUGUUGGCAAUGACACAGGUCAAACGUUUUCUGUAAGUCUUCACAAGGUUUUCACACACUGUUGCUGGUAUUUUGGCCCAUUCCUCCAUGCAGAUCUCCUCUAGAGCAGUGAUGUUUUGGGGCUGUCGCUGGGCAACACAGACUUUCAACUCCCUCCAAAGAUUUUCUAUGGGGUUGAGAUCUGGAGACUGGCUAGGCCACUCCAGGACCUUGAAAUGCUUCUUCCGAAGCCACUCCUUCGUUGCCCGGGCGGUGUGUUUGGGAUCAUUGUCAUGCUGAAAGACCCAGCCACGUUUCAUCUUCAAUGCCCUUGCUGAUGGAAGGAGGUUUUCACUCAAAAUCUCACGAUACAUGGCCCCAUUCAUUCUUUCCUUUACACGGAUCAGUCGUCCUAGUCCCUUUGCAGAAAAACAGCCCCAAAGCAUGAUGUUUCCAUCCCCAUGCUUCAUAGUAGGUAUGGUGUUCUUUGGAUGCAACUCAGCAUUCUUUGUCCUCCAAACACGACGAGUUGAGUUUUUACCAAAAAGUUAUAUUUUGGUUUCAUCUUACCAUAUGACAUUCUCCCAAUCCUCUUCUGGAUCAUCCAAAUGCACUCUAGCAAACUUCAGACGGGCCUGGACAUGUACUGGCUUAAGCAGGGGGACACGUCUGCCACUGCAGGAUUUGAGUCCCUGGCGGCGUAGUGUGUUACUGAUGGUAGGCUUUGUUACUUUGGUCCCAGCUCUCUGCAGGUCAUUCACUAGGUCCCCCCGUGUGGUUCUGGGAUUUUUGCUCACCGUUCUUGUGAUCAUUUUGACCCCACGGGGUGAGAUCUUGCGUGGAGCCCCAGAUCGAGGGAGAUUAUCAGUGGUCUUGUAUGUCUUCCAUUUCCUAAUAAUUGCUCCCACAGUUGAUUUCUUCAAACCAAGCUGCUUACCUAUUGCAGAUUCAGUCUUCCCAGCCUGGUGCAGGUCUACAUUUUGUUUCUGGUGUCCUUUGACAGCUCUUUGGUCUUGGCCAUAGUGGAGUUUGGAGUGUGACUGUUUGAGGUUGUGGACAGGUGUUUUUUAUACUGAUAACAAGUUCAAACAGGUGCCAUUAAUACAGGUAACGAGUGGAGGACAGAGGAGCCUCUUAAAGAAGAAGUUACAGGUCUGUGAGAGCCAGAAAUCUUGCUUGUUUGUAGGUGACCAAAUACUUAUUUUCCACCAUAAUUUGCAAAUAAAUUCAUAAAAAAUCCUACAAUGUGAUUUUCAGGAUUUUUUUUCUCUCAAUUUGUCUGUCAUAGUUGACGUGUACCUAUGAUGAAAAAGACAGGCCUCUCUCAUCUUUUUAAGUGGGAGAACUUUUGGUGGCUGACUAAAUACUUUUUUCCCCCACUCUAUUUCCAUUGAUAAAAAAUUUAUAAAUAAAUAAUGUUUUAUCUAAAAACCUGUUUUCGCUUUGUCAUUAUGGGGUAUUGUGUGUAGAUUGCUGAGGAAAUGUUUUUAAAAAAAAAAAUCAAUUUUAGAAUAAGGCUGUAACGUAACAAAAUGUGGAAAAAGUCAAGGGGUCUGAAUACUUUCCGAAUGCACUGUAUAUUUCAUAAAGUUAGUGAAUGACCUCAUUAGCUAGACAUUUUCAUUGUUGGAUAUCCUUUUAUUCAGUUUUUGUAUUCAUCCAUCAUCCUCUUUCAUAAGGUCUGGAGCCCAAAGAGGAAGUGGAUCUGACAGAAUUCAGAAGAACCAAAUCCCUGAAACAGAGGCAGUUCAAAGCAGAGAACCAGGUUCUCACCAAAGAGGUAAAUUGGGAUGGGAAGGAACCUCUUGAUGUCAAUUUGGUUGUGUCCCAUUUGGUACCAUAUUCCCUACAUAGUGCACUAUACUAUGGACACUGGUUAAAAGUAGUGUACUAUAAAGGGAAUAUGGUGCCAUUUGGAACAAAACCUUUAGCUCAGACAGUGGCCCUGAUUCCCUCAUGACCCCAUUUGAAUCCACAGAUCGAACGACUGGAAGAGGAGAGACUUGAACUGAAGAAACAAAUCAGGCGAAUGGUAAAGGACAAAGGUAAAUAUCCACUCCCUGCUACAAAACUAUAGGAGGGAUAUAUGAGUUGGUUAGCCAGCAUGCCAUACGAGUACUGAUAACAAGUUAGUAGUUAUUUGUAUUUCAUCCCCCAUUUAACUAAGUCUGUCUGUAUUUUUGUGCUGAUAAACCCACUUUUCUCCAUCAUAGGGAACACAGUGACCAGCUCAUUGCUUGAAGACCAAACCAAGCCCACCAGAUCCUUCAAACCAACACCAACCUUCAGUUCUGCAGAUGAGGAGGAGAUCAAACGCAAGGUUAGAUGACAGAAGGAGAUUCUGGUCGCUUAAAAGACGUUUAAAAAUGGCCUUUAUCAAUCAGUAUAUGACCUAACCAUGACGUCACCAAAGACAUCACCCUGACAUUUUUCUUGCUGCCAGUUUUUCCCCCUGUGAAUGGUUUAUGUAGGCUAUAUACUGUCUUAUAUACAUCCUUUCCCACGUGUUUUACAGUAUGAGCAUCUGAGGAGAGAGCUGGACCAUAAGGAGAGAGAGUUGGAGCAUCAGAGGACCCUGUCAUCUCAGUUUAAAUCCAAAUGUAUGUACAAACUGGGGGUAUAUCGUAUAGUAGGAAAGGUUGAAGUAGUUUUAUGGCUACUCACAGCAUUUCACGCUAUACGCUGUCAGAAAUGCACACUAUGUCUUCCUCAAUACUAUUUCCUAGUAAAGGACUAGGUACUGUCAAUGCAUUGAGUGAGAAACAUGGAUGUCCAAAGGAAUCCCUGAACACAGUUGGAUAAGCGCUGCUGUCUUCUCUCUGUGUUCCUUAGUGGAAAACUUGUUUAAGGAGAACAAGCACCUAGAACAAGGUUUGAAGGAGAUCCUUCAGACCAUCCAGGAUACUGAACAGAAAACCCCCUCCUCACAAGCUUCUGUCUCUAUCCCCAUUCUGGAGAAGCUGGUCCAGGUAAGUGUAGCCAGUAGCACCAUCACAGCUGUCCACAUUUGAUAUGUUGUCACUCUAUUGUUCUUAUUUUUGUAUCAAUGAGGAAAAUUAGAAUUUCCAUUAAUGCCCUGAAUUGAAAUGGAAUUGACCCCAACCCUGCUCCGCCAUGUUCCAGGCAAUAGAGAUGAAGAACUCUGAUGGGAAGUUUGACGCCAGCCUCCACCUGAAGGCCCAGGUAGACCAGCUGACAGGAAGGAACGACGAGAUCAGACAGGAAAUGAGGUCAGCUCGGGAGGAAGCUGCCAGCGCCAUGAGUCAACUGGUCAAAGCCAAAGAAAAGGUAUCCAGCUGGCUGGUUGCACUUACUGUACAGUAUGUAGGGCAAGUUAUGAGAAAGCCACAGAAUGACAUUUUGCUGUUUUAUGAGUGUAGAUACAUUUUUCACAAAGGGCCAAAUAAUGUCUGUCUAUUUAUUUAUUUUGUCAACUUGUUAUAUAUUAUCUUGCCACAGGCAGACUGUUUGUCAAGGCAACAAUGUAGUGCUGUUAAUGGCAGAAACAGUCAGGUACCUGCAGGCUAUGAAUAACUCAAUGUUAAGUAGUAAUGUCACCCAAUCCAUAUAAACCUCAAACAUACAGGCACUGUAAUUCCACUCCACCUCAAUAGCUUAAAGCUGGAAUCCUUAAUUGGUGAAACUGACACGUCCGUCUGCAAUAUUACAGUAACAAAGAAGUUACUGCAAACGACGAGCACUGUUUAUUUUCUCCUCUGACAUCAUUGCACGUGUGAUAGAACAGCAGAAAAUGUACAGAAAAUAUUUUUUACCAUGCUGCGUGACGCUCCUCACCUCCGCUUUGUCAACAAAACAAAAACAAUAACAACGGUGGUGGGGCGGACAGUGGCUCUGUUUCCCCCUACGGUGGUGGGGCGGACAGUGGCUCUGUUUCCCCCUACGGUGGUGGGGCGGACAGUGGCUCUGUUUCCCCCUACGGUGGUGGGGCGGACAGUGGCUCUGUUUCCCCCUAUGGUGUUGGGGCGGACAGUGGCUCUGUUUCCCCCCUACGGUGGUGGGGCGGACAGUGGCUCUGUUUCCCCCUACGGUGGUGGGGUGGACAGUGGCUCUGUUUCCCCCUACGGUGGUGGGGUGGACAGUGGCUCUGUUUCCCCCUACUGUGGUGGGGCGGACAGUGGCUCUGUUUCCCCCUACGGUGGUGGGGCGGACAGUGGCUCUGUUUCCCCCGACGGUGGUGGGGCGGACAGUGGCUCUGUUUCCCCCUACGGUGGUGGGGCGGACAGUGGCUCUGUUUCCCCCUACGGUGGUGGGGCGGACAGUGGCUCUGUUUCCCCCUACUGUGGAUUCCAUUGUUAAGUUGUUCCAUGGAUAUUGUUGCGUAUCUGUGUCUUUUUCAUUGCAGUCUUUCGAAUGUCUAGUAAAUGUGCCUGUACUGCUGCCAUUGAUACCAUUUAAGACUAAAUCUAUAAUAGGUGCCAAAAUGUAAACUGUUUCCCUUCUAUCUCUGUUGGUCAGGUGACCCGUUUGGAGGGCGAUAUGGAGGCGCUGAGAAAGUCCAGAGGGGGCGGGGUUAUCUUUAGGACCCUGAAUCUCCCUGACGACAUGGCCCUAUCCAGCACUGAGGUCAUCAGCUCUCUGAAUGAGUAUGCCGUUCGACUGUUACAGGUCAGUCUCACCCAACUCCGCCCGUCACCGUUAGCCUAAUCGAUUGUGUUUGAGAUUGACAACAAAGCAGUCGGGCGACUGCAGUGCAGUCAAUCUCAAACACGCACUAUUUAUUGUAUUUUUCUCUGUAACACAUCUCCCAAAUGAUCUGAGAGACAUUUUCACACAUAAUGUUAUUUUUUAGGAGAUGAAAAACAAAGAGGAGUGGAGCCAGCAGCUGGUGGCAGCCUUGGAGGAGUACAAGGGGAAGUUUGCUGUGAUUCGCCAUCAGCAGGGACUCCUCUACAAGGAGCACCAAAGGUACAGUAGAGCAGUUGGUUGAGAUGAUCUGCAGCUAGAGGACCAAACUAACUGUACAUGUACAGUAUGACAGUGGUUCUGCGUACCUACCAAAUCAGAACACCCCCUUAUGCUUGAAAAGAUCAACAUGGACUCUGCCAUUAUUGUUCAGAAUAUUAACACUAACCCAGCCCCCUAUUUUUAGGGCACCAGAAAAGUCUGUGUCAUUUGAACCUCUAACUUAUCUCUGUGUGUUAUGAUGGUGUAGUGAGAAGGAGGCCUGGCAGAAGAAGAUGGAGACAUUCACAGAGAUGAAGAACAAGCUGGAGGAGCAGAAGCAAGUGGACACAGUGAAGAUCAAAGAGUUCAAUGUGAGUGACAGAGCCAAACAUUGCUCAUUAGAGUUACAGUGGCACAAACACUGUAUCUCUAAACUUUUCACAUUAUUUACCAUGUAUUUCUAAUCCACACUGUGUCCAAUAGCACUGGCUGGAGGCACUGCAGAAGGAUCCAGAGGAGCUGCGGAGGCAGGUGGCGGAGGCGGCCCGGAGGAUGACGGUGCUGCGUGUGAACGAGAAGUCUCUGACACAUCGCUACACCACCCUGCUGGAGCAGGAGCAGCACCUCCGCAAGGACAACAACAAACUGAGGGAUGACUUCAGCACCAUGCAGGCCUCCGUCACACAGAGGAUAGGAUACUUGACCAGAUACAAGGUACACGUGCCCCUCUGAUUGUCUGAAAUGUUUCCAUAUUGCAUACACUUAUAAUAAUAAUAAUAAUAAUAAUAUGCCAUUUAGCAGACGCUUUUAUCCAAAGCGACUUACAGUCAUGCGUGCAUACAUUUUUUGUGUAUGAACAAUCCAGGAACAAUAUCCAGGAACAAUAAAACAAGGUUCAAGGGUAGAAGGGUUCGCUUGACUGACAUACUACCAAGAAAUAACUUUGAAGUGUAUACCUUUAAUGACUGGUAUAGAGAAUAAUUUAACCCACAAUUCAAUCGUUUUCUUCACAAGGCUUGAUAUAGCAUUUUUUUACUUCCUACUUUUGUAGGACAUGGCAGCGUAUAAGCUGGCAGCGCUGCAGAAAGCCCUGGAUGACAGCGUCCCCUCGUCAGAGCUGGAGAGGGCCAACAAACACUACACGGAGCUGACGGUGAAAUACAGGGACAUGCUCCAGAAAGACAACCACCUGGUGCAGAGGACCACCAACCUAGAACACCUAGAGGUAGGACAAUAACCAGUAUAUUCCUCUCCUCAUCUUCUUUCCAGGACUUGGUGGAAUCUCAAAUGUCUUCAUGUUAGUGCAGGUGAAGAAAAGGAACUUUCGUUUAGUAGUUAACUGUGUGGUGUCAAAUUAAACAUUAUUAGUGGAUAAUUAUUGACGCAAUGGCUCCUCUUUCAUUGAUUGAGUUCUCUAUAGAGCUUUUUGGGGACCCAGACCAUAUCUGUAUUUUACCCCUAUACUUUUAGGGUGAGAACAUGUCCCUCCGUGAACACAUCGCUGCCCUCAAUAAAGAGCUGGAGAUUACCAAGGAGAAACUCCACACUCUGGAGCAAGCCUGGGAGCACAUCAACACAUUAGGUAAGCUUCACAACUGAGUAUUGUGUAUAGAUUGAAAAUACUUCACUUUUAGAGUCUUUAUUGUCUCUCCAAAGCCCUAUAAUUGCUGACGAGGGUUGCAAAGUUCCCUGAACUUUCUUGAAGUUUCCGAGUUUUUCCGAAAUCUCAGUUGGAAGAUUCUUUGAAUUCCCAGGUGGUGAGAACAGCAUGGACAAGGCAGCGAAGGCAGUGGCCAACAGUGAGAUUAUAUCAACGUCCAGGAGGAUCACCACCUUGGAGAUGAAGGAGCUGAAUGAGCGGCAGAGGGCUGAGCACGCCCACAAGAUGUACGAACACCUCAGGAACUCUCUCAGACUGGUGGAGGAGCGCAACGUGGAGCUGGAGACCAAGUUCGCAGAGGUAGGAGAGUUAGGGAGGGGACAAAGCAAAAAAACAAAUGUCUGUUUCCUGUGGCAAUGGACAAUAAUUUCAUUUCCAUUUGAUAGUUUAUUGGAUUGGGACAGAUACAAACACAUGGACACAUUGAAUAAAUAAUAAUAUUUGCACUGCGUAGAUAGUGUGUAUAGAUCAUGGUAAUUUUCAACACCUGUCCUUAGUAGAGAACGUUGCUGGACAAGGCCAUGCAGUAUCCUGGACCAUAUUUUAUAGUGACACAGAGCCCCUAACUUGAAGUGUUGUUGGUCCCCAGCUAACAAAGCAGUACCUGGGGGCCCAGAGAACGGAGCGGGAGCUGAGAGAUGAGCUGGCCGACAGUGUCUCUAAAGACGCCAGCAAUGCCGACCGCGCCAGGAUCACCCAGCUGGAGAAGGCUGAGGCCGAACUCAAGGUGGAGGCCUCAAAGUAUGUACUAAAUCAAAUGUGUGAUAAUUCCUCCUGUGAUCUAGUUAUAUUUACAUGUACAGUAUGUCUAAUGAAGCUGGCCUAAUGCCUAAAUGUAUGUUGCCCUGAUCCCAUCCCUGAUUUACUAAGCUUUACUACUACUGCCCAGUAAGCUUGUGUUUUAUAAUGGCAGUUGGUAAUGGGAUAAGGUGCUAACCCCAUGCUGUGUAUCCAGGUUGAGGGAGGUGUCUGACGUGGCUAAGAUGCAGGUGUCCACCCUGGAGGCCAGACAGCAGUCCAGAGAGAAGGAGGUUGAGGCUCUGAGGAGGCAGGUCCUCGACUACCAGGUAACACAACACAACACGGAUGCUAUUCAACCCUAUUUAACCAUAUUCAUCUAACUCGUCCUCAUUCUACUCAAGUAACUCAACCACAAGAGAGAUGAGAAAUCUUCUUCUUGUCAAUAGUUGACAAAGUUUAACAAUGAUACCAUUGCUUUUAAAACAUAAACAGUUGUGGGCGUGGCUAGGUUGGAAUACUAUGACUGGGCAUUCAUUGUGCAUACCGGUAGUAAGAAUAGCUAACUACCAUGUUGCUCAAAUAUAUCUCACUACUAGCAUUGUUGCUGAUGCUAAAAUGUCCCUCUUGUCCUGCUCUGGCUUGUUUGCCCACCCAGUCCCAGUCAGACGAGAGAGCCCUGAUCGCCAAGCUCCACCAGCACAUCGUAGCGCUGCAGCUCAGCGAAUCAGCCGCCGUGGGGAAGCUAGAGGCCACCGCCACCCGGAUCCAGCAGCUUGAGGCCUACAAGCUACGUGCAGAGCAGAAACUGGACGCCAGCGAGAAAUCCCUGUACCACGCUCGCCAGGAGGGCCGGAACCGAGCCAGGCACCUCCGACAGACCAUCCAGUCUCUCCACAGGCAGUUUGCCGGGGCCCUGCCCUUAGCCCAGCAGGAGAAGUUCUCUCAGACCAUGAUGCGCCUGCAGGAGGAUAGAGGGACCGCGCAGGAGGAGAAGAGGAGAGCAGAGGAGGAGAGGAGGAGGAUGGAGGGGAAGGCCCAGGAGCUGGAGCUGAGGCUGAGAGGGUUAGAGGAGCUCAUAGCUACGCUGAAGGAUGUGAAGGGAGCUCAGAAGGUGUGUGGGCAAGAACCAAUGAUGUACAGUGCAUUCGGAAAGUAUUCAGACCCCUUUACUUUUUCCACAUUUUGUUAUGUUACAGCCUGAUUCUAAAAUGGAUGAAAUCAUUUUUUCCCCUCAUCACAAUAACCUAUAAUGACAAAGCAAAAGCAGGUUUUUAGAUUCUUUUGCAAAAAAAUAAAAAAAAUAAAAACUGAAAUAUCACAUUUACAUAAGUAUUCAGACCCUUUACUCAGCCCUUUGUUGAAGCACAUUUGGCAGCGAUUACAGCCUCGAGUCUUCUUGGUAUGACGCUACAAGCUUGGCAAACCUGUAUUUGGUGAGUUACUCCCAUUCUUCUCUGCAGAUCCUCUCAAGCUCUGUCAGGUUGGAUGGGGAGCGUCGCUUCACAGCUAUUUUUAGGUUUCUCCAGAGAUGUUCGAUUGGGUUCAAGUCCGGGCUCUGGCUGGGCCACUCAAGGACAUUCAGAGACUUGUUCUGAAGCUACUCCUGCGUGCUGGCUGUGUGCUUAGGGUCUUUGUCCUGUUGGAAGGUGAACCUACGUCCCAGUCUGAGGUCCUGAGUGCUCUGUAGCAGGUUUUCAUCAAGUACCUCUCUGUACUUUGCUCCGUUCAUCUUUCCAUCGAUCCUCACUAGUUUCCCAGUCCCUGCCGCUGAAAAACAUCCCCAAAGCAUGAUGCUGCCACCACGCUUCACUGUAGGGAUGGGUUUCCUCCAGACGUGACGCUUGGCAUUCAGGCCAAAGAGUUCAAUCUCGGUUUCAUCAGACCAGAGAGUCUUGUUUUUCAUGGUCUGAGAGUCCUUUAGGUGCCUUUUGGCAAACUCCAAGCGGUCUGUCAUGUGCCUUUUACUGAGGAGUGGCUUCAGUCUGGUCACUCUACCAUAAAGGCCUGAUUGGUGGAGUGCUGCAGAGAUGGUUGUCCUUCUGGAAGGUUCUCCCAUCUCCACAGAGGAACUCUGGACCUCUGUCAGAGUGACCAUCGGGUUCUUGGUCACCUCCCUGACCAAGGCCCUUCUCCCCCGAUUGCUCAGUUGGGCCGGGCGGCCAGCUCUAGGAAGAGUCUUGGUGCUUCCAAACUUCGUCCAUUUAACAAUGAUGGAGGCCACUGUGUUCUUGGGGAACUUCAUUGCUGCAAACAUUUUUUGUACCCUUCCCCAGAUCUGUGCUCAGCAAUCCUGUCUCGAGCUCUAUGGACAAUUCGUUCAACCUCAUGGCUUGGUUUUUGAUCUGACAUGCACUGUCAACUGUGGGACAUUAUAUAGACAGGUGUGUGCCUUUCCAAAUCAUAUCCAAUCAAUUGAAUUUACCACAUGUGGACUCCAAUCAAGGAUGAUCAAUGGAAACAGGGUACACCUGAGAUCAAUUUCAAUUCUCAUAGCAAAGGGUCUGCAUACUUAUGUAAAUAAGGUAUUUCAGUUUUUUAUUUUUUAUACAUUUGCAAAACUUUCUAAAAACCUCUUUUCACUUUGUAAUUAUGGGGUAUUGUGUGUAGAUUGAUGAGGGAAACAAUUAAUUUAAGCAAUUUUAGAAUAAGGCUGUAACGUAACAAAAUGUGGAAAAAGGGAAGGGAUCUGAAUACUUUUCGAAUGCACUGUAUAUAAACCCUGUAUUGCUGAUGCUAUGUAAUGGCCAAUGAGAGGCUUUGAAGCCACCAGCCACAGCAUUGGUACUCCACAGAAGGUGCAGUCCUCCAUAGGAAUGAAUGGAAUUCUACAGUAUUUCAAUAAAAUGUUUAAAGGACAAAAUUACAUAUAUUUAAAUAUUUCUUUGUUGUAGUGGGGACAGUAACAUUAGUACUCUGUAAAGAAAAGUACUUUAAGGAAUAUGUUUUUAUAUUAUUAUUUUUAAUAUUUGUUUUAUGUUCAGUUCACAUAAUAUAAGUAUGCAUUAGGGUGUCUGUAAUAAAUGCAUUUCUAUAGCUUCCAAAAUCUUUUUUACAAUGGAGGAGGAGUACCUAAAGAGGUCCUAAAGUUCAAAAUCAAAUAGCUACACUAUAUGACCAAAAGUAUGUGGACACCUGCUUGUUUAAUAUCUCAUUCCAAAAUCAUGGGCAUUAAUAUGGAGUUGGUCCCCCUUUUGCUGCUAUAACAGCCUCCGCUCUUCUGGGAAGGCUUUCCACUAGAUGUUGGAACAUUGCUGCAGGGACUUGCUUCCAUUCAGCCACAAGAGCAUUAGAGAGGUCGGACGCUGAUGUUGGGCGAUUAGGCCUGGCUCGCAGUCACCAUUCCAAUUCAUCCCAAAGUUGUGCAAUCGGGUUGAAGUCAGGGCUCUGUGCAGUCCAGUCAAGUUCUUCCACACUGAUCUCAACAAACAAUUUCUGUAUGGACCUCGCUUUGUGCACGGGGGCAUUGUCAUGCUGAAACAGGAAAGGGCCUUCACCAAACUGUUAGCACAAAGUUGGAAGCACAGAAUCGUCUAGAAUGUCAUUGUACGCUGUAGCAUUAACAUUUCCCUUCACUGGACCUAAGGGGCCUAGCCCGAACCAUGAAAAACAGCCCCAGACCAUUAUUCCUCCGCCACCAAACUUUACAGUUGGCAUUAUACAUUGGGGCAGAUAGCGUUCUCCUGGCUUCUUCAAAACCCAGAUUCGUCCGUCGGACUGCCAGAUGGUGAAGCGUGAUUCAUCACUCCAGAGAACGCGUUUCCACUGCUCCAGAGUCCAAUGGCGGCGAGCUUUACACCACUCCAGCCGACACAUGGUGAUCUUAGGCUUGUGUGCGGCUGCUCGGCCAUGGAAACCCAUUUCAUGAAGCUCCCGGCACACAGUUCUUGUGUUGACAUUGCUUCCCGAGGCAGUUUGGAACUCGGUAGUGAGUGUUGCAACCCGAGGACAGGCGAUUUUUACACGCUACGCGCUUCAGCACUCAGCGGCCCCGUUCUGUGAGCUUAUGUGGCCUACCACUUCGCAGCUGAGCCGUUGUUGCUAUACGCCUGUCAGCAACGGGUAUGGCUGAAAUAGCCGAAUCCACUAAUUUGAAGGGGUGUCCACAUACUUUUGUAUAUAUAGUGUAAAUGAUCCUUGGUAUGACCAUUUAUUGCUAUCCCUCCAUUUUUUAAUUGCAAAUGUCCAACUCUGCCAUUGUAUAGCUUCUCUUCUGACUGAGGUCCAGUACUGGAACAAUCCCUCCUCACCAAACUCCAGUACUGGAACUAUCCCUCCUCACCAAACUCCAGUACUGGAACUAUCCCUCCUCACCCAUCUCCAGUACUGGAACUAUCCCUCCUCACCAAACUCCAGUACAGGAACUAUCCCUCCUCACCAAACUCCAGUACUGGAACUAUCCCUCCUCACCAUCUCCAGUACAGGAACUAUCCCUCCUCACCAACUCCAGUACUGAACUAUCCCUCUCACCAAACUCCAGUACAGGAACUAUCCUCCUCACCAAACUCAGUACUGGAACUUCCCCCUCACCCAUCUCCAGACUGGAACUAUCCCUCCUCACCAAACUCCAGUACAGGAACUAUCCUCCUCACAAACUCCAGUACUGGAACUAUCCCUCCUCACCCAUCUCCAGCUCUCCAGUACUGGAACUAUCCCUCCUCACCAAACUCCAGUACAGGAACUAUCCCUCCUCACAAAAACUCCAGUCUAUUGCCUUCCAUUUGAAAAUAUGUUUUUCCUCAUGUUGUCUACUCUAUAUGAAUGUUCUAAGGUGAACGAGUGGCACAAGAAGAUGGAGGAGGUCAGACUGCAGGAGCUGAGGCGGGGCCGGGAGCUGGGGGUCCAGAGAGAGGAGAUCAGUUACCUGAGGAGCCUGGUGGCCGAGCAGGAGAGAACCAUCCGUACACUGGAGGAGGACAGCGUACAGCAACACACUGUGAGAAGAGAAAAUACACACUUCAGACAGACACAAAAUCUAAUCUAAUUGUAUGUGUCACAUGCGCUGUACACAAUGGGUGUAGACUUGCUUGCUCACAAGCCCUUCCCAACGAUGCAGAGUAAAAAAAUAAUAAUAGUAACACGAGGAAUAAAAUACACAAGAACGGAGCUAUAUAAGGUAUAAACAGGGAGUACCAGUACCAGAUCAAUGUGCAGAGGUACGAGGUAUUUGAGGUAGAUAUGUACAUGAAGGCAGGGGAAAGUGACUAGGCAUCAGGAUAGAUAAUAAUAAGGUAUUUGAGGUAGAUAUGUACAUGAAGGCAGGGGAAAGUGACUAGGCAUCAGGAUAGAUAAUAAUAAGGUAUUUGAGGUAGAUAUGUACAUGAAGGCAGGGUAAAGUGACUAGGCAUCAGGAUAGAUAAUAAUAAGGCAUUUGAGGUAGAUAUGUACAUGAAGGCAGGGGAAAGUGACUAGGCAUCAGGAUAGAUAAUAAUAAGGUAUUUGAGGUAGAUAUGUACAUGAAGGCAGGGUAAAGUGACUAGGCAUCAAGAUAGAUAAUAAUAAGGUAUUUGAGGUAGAUAUGUACAUGAAGGGAGGGUAAAGUGACUAGGCAUCAGGAUAGAUAAUAAUAAGGUAUUUGAGGUAGAUAUGUACAUGAAGGCAGGGUAAAGUGACUAGGCAUCAGGAUAGAUAAUAAUAAGGUAUUUGAGGUAGAUAUGUACAUGAAGGCACGGUAAAGUGACUAGGCAUCAGGAUAGAUAAUAAUAAGGUAUUUGAGGUAGAUAUGUACAUGAAGGCAGGGGAAAGUGACUAGGCAUCAGGAUAGAUAAUAAUAAGGUAUUUGAGGUAGAUAUGUACAUGAAGGCAGGGUAAAGUGACUAGGCAUCAAGAUAGAUAAUAAUAAGGUAUUUGAGGUAGAUAUGUACAUGAAGGCAGGGUAAAGUGACUAGGCAUCAGGAUAGAUAAUAAUAAGGUAUUUGAGGUAGAUAUGUACAUGAAGGCAGGGUAAAGUGACUAGGCAUCAGGAUAGAUAAUAAUAAUAAUAAUAAUAUGCCAUUUAGCAGACGCUUUUAUCCAAAGCGACUUACAGUCAUGCGUGCAUACAUUUUUUUUGUGUAUGGGUGGUCCCGGGGAUCGAACCCACUACCUUGGCGUUACAAGCGCCGUGCUCUACCAGCUGAGCUACAGAGGACCACAUAUAAUAAGGUAUUUGAGGUAGAUAUGUACAUGAAGGCAGGGUAAAGUGACUAGGCAUCAGGAUAGAUAAUAAUAAGGUAUUUGAGGUAGAUAUGUACAUGAAGGCAGGAUAAAGUGACUAGGCAUCAGGAUAGAUAAUAAUAAGGUAUUUGAGGUAGAUAUGUACAUGAAGGCAGGAUAAAGUGACUAGGCAUCAGGAUAGAUAAUAAUAAGGUAUUUGAGGUAGAUAUGUACAUGAAGGCAGGGGAAAGUGACUAGGCAUCAGGAUAGAUAAUAUUAAGGUAUUUGAGGUAGAUAUGUACAUGAAGGCAGGGUAAAGUGACUAGGCAUCAGGAUAGAUAAUAAUAAGGUAUUUGAGGUAGAUAUGUACAUGAAGGCAGGGUAAAGUGACUAGGCAUCAGGAUAGAUAAUAAUAAGGUAUUUGAGGUAGAUAUGUACAUGAAGGCAGGGGAAAGUGACUAGGCAUCAGGAUAGAUAAUAAUAAGGUAUUUGAGGUAGAUAUGUACAUGAAGGCAGGGGAAAGUGACUAGGCAUCAGGAUAGAUAAUAAUAAGGUAUUUGAGGUAGAUAUGUACAUGAAGGCAGGGGAAAGUGACUAGGCAUCAGGAUAGAUAAUAAUAAGGUAUUUGAGGUAGAUAUGUACAUGAAGGCAGGGUAAAGUGACUAGGCAUCAGGAUAGAUAAUAAUAAGGUAUUUGAGGUAGAUAUGUACAUGAAGGCAGGGUAAAGUGACUAGGCAUCAGGAUAGAUAAUAAUAAGGUAUUUGAGGUAGAUAUGUACAUGAAGGCAGGGGAAAGUGACUAGGCAUCAGGAUAGAUAAUAUUAAGGUAUUUGAGGUAGAUAUGUACAUGAAGGCAAGGUAAAGUGACUAGGCAUCAGGAUAGAUAAUAAUAAGGUAUUUGAGGUAGAUAUGUACAUGAAGGCAGGGUAAAGUGACUAGGCAUCAGGAUAGAUAAUAAUAAGGUAUUUGAGGUAGAUAUGUACAUGAAGGCAGGGGAAAGUGACUAGGCAUCAGGAUAGAUAAUAAUAAGGUAUUUGAGGUAGAUAUGUACAUGAAGGCAGGGGAAAGUGACUAGGCAUCAGGAUAGAUAAUAAUAAGGUAUUUGAGGUAGAUAUGUACAUGAAGGCAGGGGAAAGUGACUAGGCAUCAGGAUAGAUAAUAAUAAGGUAUUUGAGGUAGAUAUGUACAUGAAGGCAGGGUAAAGUGACUAGGCAUCAGGAUAGAUAAUAAUAAGGUAUUUGAGGUAGAUAUGUACAUGAAGGCAGGGUAAAGUGACUAGGCAUCAGGAUAGAUAAUAAUAAGGUAUUUGAGGUAGAUAUGUACAUGAAGGCAGGGGAAAGUGACUAGGCAUCAGGAUAGAUAAUAAUAAGGUAUUUGAGGUAGAUAUGUACAUGAAGGCAGGGGAAAGUGACUAGGCAUCAGGAUAGAUAAUAAUAAGGUAUUUGAGGUAGAUAUGUACAUGAAGGCAGGGGAAAGUGACUAGGCAUCAGGAUAGAUAAUAAUAAGGUAUUUGAGGUAGAUAUGUACAUGAAGGCAGGGUAAAGUGACUAGGCAUCAGGACAGAUAAUAAUAAGGUAUUUGAGGUAGAUAUGUACAUGAAGGCAGGGUAAAGUGACUAGGCAUCAGGAUAGAUAAUAAUAAGGUAUUUGAGGUAGAUAUGUACAUGAAGGCAGGGGAAAGUGACUAGGCAUCAGGAUAGAUAAUAAUAAGGUAUUUGAGGUAGAUAUGUACAUGAAGGCAGGGGAAAGUGACUAGGCAUCAGGAUAGAUAAUAAUAAGGUAUUCGAGGUAGAUAUGUACAUGAAGGCAGGGGAAAGUGACUAGGCAUCAGGAUAGAUAAUAAUAAGGUAUUUGAGGUAGAUAUGUACAUGAAGGCAGGGUAAAGUGACUAGGCAUCAGGAUAGAUAAUAAUAAGGUAUUUGAGGUAGAUAUGUACAUGAAGGCAGGAUAAAGUGACUAGGCAUCAGGAUAGAUAAUAAUAAGGUAUUUGAGGUAGAUAUGUACAUGAAGGCAGGAUAAAGUGACUAGGCAUCAGGAUAGAUAAUAAUAAGGUAUUUGAGGUAGAUAUGUACAUGAAGGCAGGAUAAAGUGACUAGGCAUCAGGAUAGAUAAUAAUAAGGUAUUUGAGGUAGAUAUGUACAUGAAGGCAGGGUAAAGUGACUAGGCAUCAGGAUAGAUAAUAAUAAGGUAUUUGAGGUAGAUAUGUACAUGAAGGCAGGGUAAAGUGACUAGGCAUCAGGAUAGAUAAUAAUAAGGUAUUUGAGGUAGAUAUGUACAUGAAGGCAGGAUAAAGUGACUAGGCAUCAGGAUAGAUAAUAAUAAGGUAUUUGAGGUAGAUAUGUACAUGAAGGCAGGAUAAAGUGACUAGGCAUCAGGAUAGAUAAUAAUAAGGUAUUUGAGGUAGAUAUGUACAUGAAGGCAGGAUAAAGUGACUAGGCAUCAGGAUAGAUAAUAAUAAGGUAUUUGAGGUAGAUAUGUACAUGAAGGCAGGGUAAAGUGACUAGGCAUCAGGAUAGAUAAUAAUAAGGUAUUUGAGGUAGAUAUGUACAUGAAGGCAGGAUAAAGUGACUAGGCAUCAGGAUAGAUAAUAAUAAAAGUCAAAUAAAGAACCAGAUAGUAGCUGCAUACAGACAGAGAGAGACACACACAAACAGUAAUUGAACGAAUGAACAUAUUCACACAUUUUGGGCAUUAGAAAUGUGAGUGGAGCAAUUUCAUGUUUACAUUUUGUCUUCAGUGAAUUUAUGAAUCUGUUUACUCUUGUAGGCUUAAAACACAGCCUACCUCACGGGAUCACUUUGGAGUGUGAAAUAGGUUUAUUGGUUCAGUGUCCCGUGACUGGGCUUUAUAGUGUAAUGUAAUCUCCCCAUGACUCUGGGCUUUAUAGUGUAAUGUCAUCGCCCCAUGACUCUGGGCUUUAUAGUGUAAUAUCAUCGCCCCAUGACUCUGGGCUUUAUAGUGUAAUGUCAUCGCCCCAUGACUCUGGGCUUUAUAGUGUAAUGUCAUCGCCCCAUGACUCUGGGCUUUAUAGUGUAAUGUCAUCGCCCCAUGACUCUGGGCUUUAUAGUGUAAUGUCAUCGCCCCAUGACUCUGGGCUUUAUAGUGUAAUGUCAUCGCCCCAUGACUCUGGGCUUUAUAGUGUAAUGUCAUCGCCCCAUGACUCUGGGCUUUAUAGUGUAAUGUAAUCUCCCCAUGACUCUGGGCUUUAUAGUGUAAUGUCAUCGCCCCAUGACUCUGGGCUUUAUAGUGUAAUGUCAUCUCCCCAUGACUCUGGGCUUUAUAGUGUAAUGUCAUCGCCCCAUGACUCUGGGCUUUAUAGUGUAAUGUAAUCUCCCCAUGACUCUGGGCUUUAUAGUGUAAUGUCAUCGCCCCAUGACUCUGGGCUCUAUAGUGUAAUGUCAUCGCCCCAUGACUCUGGGCUUUAUAGUGUAAUGUCAUCGCCCCAUGACUCUGGGCUUUAUAGUGUAAUGUCAUCGCCCCAUGACUCUGGGCUUUAUAGUGUAAUGUCAUCGCCCCAUGACUCUGGGCUUUAUAGUGUAAUGUCAUCUCCCCAUGACUCUGAGAGUCAGUCAUAAUAGGAACAAGAGGAGAACAUAGAGGACUUGUUGUCUCUAUUUAUGUGUUUGAUGCUCAGAUGGUUUAGUUUUAUACCCCUAAACAUACAGUGCUCCAGAUGGACUCCUUAAAUACUAGUACUGGUGGCUUCAGACAAUGCAUGUUCUCCAAAUCCUGCCAUGCUAGGACAAUGGUUGCGUCCAAAAUGGCACCCUAUUCUCUAUAAGGUGCACAGCUUUUGACCAGAGCCCUAAAUGGGCCCUGGUCAAAGUCAUGUAUAUAGGGAAUAGGAUGCCAUUUGGCACGCAGACAAAGUCACAAUGGCAUGAUGACAAGGGUUAGUCAGUCUGAUAGAGCUCUGUUUACACAAAUACAUUUGUUUUACAGGAUAAUUGAAUAUCUUGCUUCAGAGGCAUUUGCGUUGAACACACAGAGAGGCAUGUUCAUACACUGCUCCAAAAAAUAAAGGGAACACUUAAACAACACAAUGUAACUCCAAGUAAAUCACACUUCUGUGAAAUCAAACUGUCCACUUAGGAAGCAACACUGAUUGACAAUAAAUUUCACAUAUUGUUGUGCAAAUGGAAUAGACAACAGGUGGAAAUUAUAGGCAAUUAGCAAGACACCCCCAAUAAAGGACUGCUUUGCAGGUGGUGACCACAGACCACUUCUCAGUUCCUAUGCUUCCUGGCUGAUGUUUUGGUCACUUUUGAAUGCUGGCGGUGCUUUCACUCUAGUGGUAGCAUGAGACGGAGUCUACAACCCACACAAGUGGCUCAGGUAGUGCAGCUCAUCCAGGAUGGCACAUCAAUGCGAGCUGUGGCAAGAAGGUUUGCUGUGUCUGUCAGCGUAGUGUCCAGAGCAUGGAGGCGCUACCAGGAGACAGGUCAGUACAUCAGGAGACGUGGAGGAGGCCGUAGGAGGGCAACAACCCAGCAGCAGGACUGCUACCUCCGCCUUUGUGCAAGGAGGAGCAGGAGGAGCACUGCCAGAGCCCUGCAAAAUGACCUAAAGCAGGCCACAAAUGUGCAUGUGUCUGCUGAAACGGUCAGAAACAGACUCCAUGAGGGCCCGACGUCCAAAGGUGGGGGUUGUGCUUACAGCCCAACACCGUCCAGGACGUUUGGCAUUUGCCAGAGAACACCAAGAUUGGCAAAUUCGCCACUGGCGCCCUGUGCUCUUCACAGAUGAAAGCAGGUUCACACUGAGCACGUGACAGACGUGACAGAGUCUGGAGACGCCGUGGAGAACGUUCUGCUGCCUGCAACAUCCUCCAGCAUGACCGGUUUGGCGGUGGUUCAGUCAUGGUGUGGGGUGGCAUUUCUUUGGGGGACCGCACAGCCCUCCAUGUGCUCGCCUGAGGUAGCCUGACUGCCAUUAGGUACCGAAAUGAGAUCCUCAGACCCCUUGUGAGACCAUAUGCUGGUGCGGUUGGCCCUGGGUUCCUCCUAAUGCAAGACAAUGCUAGACCUCAUGUGGCUGGAGUGUGUCAGCAGUUCCUGCAAGAGGAAGGCAUUGAUGCUAUGGACUGGCCCGCCCGUUCCCCAGACCUGAAUCCAAUUGAGCACAUCUGGGACAUCAUGUCUCGCUCCAUCCACCAACGCCACGUUGCGCCACAGACUGUCCAGGAGUUGGCGGAUGCUUUAGUCCAGGUCUGGGAGGAGAUUCCUCAGGAGACCAUCCGCCACCUUAUCAGGAGCAUGCCCAGGCGUUGUAGGGAGGUCAUACAGGCACGUGGAGGCCACACACACUACUGAGCCUCAUUUUGACUUGUUUUAAGGACAUUACAUCAAAGUUGGAUCAGCCUGUAGUGUGUUUUUCCACUUUAAUUUUGAGGGUGACUCCAAAUCCAGACCUCCAUGGGUUGAUAAAUUUGAUUUCCAUUGAUAAUUUUUGUGUGAUUUUGUUGUCAGCACAUUCAACUAUGUAAAGAAAAAAGUAUUUAAUAAGAUUAUUUCAUUCAUUCAGAUCUAGGAUGUGUUGUUUAAGUGUUCCCUUAAUUUUUUUGAGCAGUGUAUAACACAUAAACACACUAAUAGUCAAGUCAAAGUUUAACAGACACUCACAAAGACAGACAUUCACACACACAUAAACACACGAUCUGUCUCUCCCCCCCCAGGUUCAGGAGGAGCGUCAGUUGUCGUGGGAUCAGAGAGAGGUGGAGUUGGAGCGCCAGCUGGAUCUUUAUGAGAAACAGCAGAACCAAAUCAUAGGCUCUGCCCAGAAGGUCCUGUCUAACACCAAACAGAUGCACACUGGUCGUGCCCCAAAUGGUAUCCUAUAUACUGUAGGGAAUAGGGUGCCAUUUGGGACGCAACAACACACUGACAUUCAUUUACUGUACACUAGCCUCCCCACUGUCUGCCAAUAGGAAUGAAUUUAACGUUUUGUUUCUGGUUGCCAUUAAUUAUAAUUUUGCAUGCCCUGGAUAUACACUGAAUAUAGAAAACAUUAAGAACACCUGCUCUUUCCAUAACAUAGACUGACCAGGUGAAUCCAGGUGAAAUCUAUGAUCACUUAUUGAUGUCACCUGUUAAAUCCACUUCAAUCAGUGUAGAUGAAGGGGAGGAGACAGGUUAAAGAAUGAUUUUUAAGCCUUGAUACAAUUGAGACAUGGAUUGUGUAUGUGUGCCAUUCAGAGGGUGAAUGGGCAAGAGAAAAGAUCUAAGCGCCUUUGAACAGGGUAUGGUAGUAAGUGCCAGGCGCACCGGUUUGUGUCAAGAACUGCAAUGCUGCUGGGUUUUUCACACUCAACAGUUUCCCAUGUGUAUCAAAAAUGUUCCACCACCCAAAGGACAUUUAGCCAACUUGACACAACUGUGGGAAGCAUUGGAGUCAACAUGGGCCAGUAUCCCUGUGGAAUGCUUUCGACACCUUGUAGAUUCCAUGCCCCUACGAAUUGAGGCUGUUCUGCGGGCAAAAGGGGGGGUGCAACUCCAUAUUAGGAAGUUGUUCCUAAUGUUUGGUAUACUCAGUGUAUGUACUUGAAUGCACAAUAUUAAAUUUAUGUUCAAUAAAUAAUCUAGUCACACAUGAUUAGGGUUGCAAAGCUACCAGUAAUUUACCAAAGUGACUGAAAUCUUCAGUCAUUUUGGUAAUUAACAGAAAAUAUAUGGCAAUCUAUUGUAACUUUGGUAAUUUAUACUUGAAUAACGUAAUUUUUAUCUGUGUCCAUAUUGUCCAUGAGUUUCAAGUAGAUAGAUCAUAUGGUUCAAGAGAAAAUAUCCUAAUUAAUGAAGAAAGUAUCUAAUCAACAAUGGCAUUAUUUUCAAUUAACUUUGCAACUCUUCCAACUAUUGCAUUUUUUCACAACUGCCACCAUUUUGUUGCCAAAACAUUGACAACAAAUAAAUAUUGACAUAGUAAAAUAAAUAAAAGUGUGAGAAAAAAUAUAUAAAGGAUAUUUAAUGCUAAAACCCUCAUAUUUAUAUUUAGGAUAAUGUUUUACAGAUUUACUUAUUUAAUUGUUUUAGAUAUUUUACAUGUGAUAAGGCCACACAGAUAAUUAGACACCUGUAAUAACGUUGUUGAAAGAUACCAAGAUUCUGGUAGCUUAGAAAGUUUCCAGUAAUAUACCCAUCCUUUGCAACCCUAGAUAUGAUACUGUAUAUUACUCAUAACUCACCCUGUCACAAACUGUUGACUACCAAGUCAACCAAGGAUUUCCUCUCAGUUAACCGUAGUGUGUGUUGUAUGUAGUUUGAGGAGGCUACCGGAGCCUUGCCAGACCCAAGCCUGCCCCUGGCCCACCAGCUGGACUUUGCCCUGAGGAAAAUCAAAGAGCACGUCCGCACCAUCCUGGAGACCCAGGCCACCUGCAAAAUAUUAGAUGAGGUAAUUAUACUGUAGCAUGUAUUUGUUUGCCAUAUUAUUACUUACCCUACAGUUGACACACAGGAAAUUCCUUAGUGGAAAUGCCUUAGAGCACCAUCCCUUGUAAAAGAUUGUAAAAGGAAUUGUAUAAAGGUACGUCUAAACAUCAUUCAUCUAUGUGGCUGUUUCUCCUCUGCUCCACUCUCCCUGUGCAGAAGCUGAAAGAGAAGGAAUCUGCCCUGUGGAAGGCAGAGCAGAACAUCCUCUCCAGGGACCGGGUAAUCAAUGAGCUGCGUCUGCGGCUCCCUGCGGCUGCAGACAGGGAGAGGCUCCUGGCAGACCUGGCUAAGCACCAGGAGGACCAGAGGGAGAGCCAGCCGGCCCUCAAGGUGGCCCACCAGACCAUCAACAACCUGCAGGGACGCCUGGACCAGAAGGAGGAGGUCCUUAAGAAGUACCAGAACCUACUGGCCCGGGCUAGACAGGUACAGCAAUGGAUAGAGAACUAUAGAAUUGGUAGGAAGCAACAAGCCUGCCAAGUGUGUCUCCAUUUGAUGCACAAUUUGUGGUCGAUGUUUGGACUUAAACAACAAAUGGCCAUUUAGACAAACAGUAUAUUAGAAAGUGUGAGAGAAAGAGAGGGUGCGAGAAGAUGUUUUAACUCUGCAGCGUGCAUGUGUUUAUGUACACUACAUGACCAUAAGUAUGUGGACACCUGCUCUUCGAACAUCUCAUUCCAAAAUCAUGGGCAUUAAUAUGGAGUUGGUCUCCCCUUUGAUGCCAUAACAGCCUCCACUUUUCUGGGAAGGCUUUCCACUAGAUGUUGGAACAUUGCUGCGGGGACUUGCUUCCAUUCUGCCAUGAGCAUUCGUGAGGUCGGGCACUGAUGUUGGGCGAUUAGGCCUGGCUCACAGUCAGCAUUCCAAUUCAUCCCAAAGGUGUUCGAUGGGGUUGAGGCUCUGUGCAGGCCAGUCAAGUUCUUCCACACUGACCUCGACAAACCAUUUCUGUAUGGACCUCGCUUUGUGCAUAGGGGCAUUGUCAUGCUGAAACAGGAAAGGGGCUUCCCCAAACUGUUGCCACAAAGUCGGAAGCACAGAAUCGUCAUUGUAUGCUGUAGUGUUGACUUCCCUUUACUGGAACUAAGGGGCCUAGCCCGAACCAUGAAAAACAGCCCCAGACCAUUAUUCCUCCUCCACCAAACUUUACAGUUGGCACUAUACAUUGGGGCUGGUAGCAUUCUCCUGGCAUCCGCCAAACCCAGAUUUGUCCAUCAGACUGCCAGAUGGUGAAGCGUGAUUCAUCACUCCAGAGUCUAAUGGCGGCGAGCUUUACACAAUUCCAGCCGACGCUUGGCAUUGUGCAUGGUGAUCUUAGGCUUGUGUGCGGCUGCUCCACCAUGGAAACCCAUUUCAUGAAGCUCCCGAUGAACAGUUAUUGUGCUGACGUUGCUUCCAGAGGCAGUUUGGAACUCGGUAGUGAGUGUUGCAACCGAGGACAGACGAUUUUUACGCGCUACGCACUUCAGCACUCGGUGGUCCCGUUCUGUGAGCUUGUGUGGCCUACCACUUCGCGGCUGAGCCGUUGUUGCUCCUAAAUGUUUCCACUUCACAAAAACAGCACUUACAGUUGACCGGGGAAGCUCUAGCAGUGCAGAAAUUUGACGAACUGACUUGUUGGAAAGGUGGCAUCCCAUGACGGUGCCACGUUGAAAGUCGCUGAGCUCUUCAGUAAGGUCAUUCUACUGCCAAUGUUUGUCUAUGGAGAUUGCGUGGCUGUGUGCUCAAUUUUAUACAUCUGUCAUCAACGUGUGUGGCUGAAAUGGCCGAAUCCAUGUAUAGUGUAUCUGUAUGUGGCUGUGGUGUGUACUGAGUUGGUUCUGACUGCUGUGGCCCUCCUGUAUUAACCCCAGGAGCAGGAGGAUAUCACUAGGAGACAUGAAGAGGAGAUGAGGACGCUGCACCAGAAACUGGACCUGCACACUGACACCUCCCUGGACCGCUUCAAACAGACCGCACUGGUAUGUAGCCCUGCCUAGCUCCACUCCAUGUCUCUCUCUUGGUCUGUGUUAGGGUUACAACGUUACAGAAACUUUCUCUGGCUUUUCAGAAAUUCUGGUUUUAGGAUUCCCAGAUGGAAGUUCCCUGAAUUUUGUAAGUCUGGAUCAUUGAUGUCUACCACCAAUACAACAUUGCUAUGGACUUUUAUGAUGUCUCUCACUGUUCUUUAUUUGGGUAGACCUUGUCCCAGUAAAAGGAUCGUUCCACCAAUUCGGUGCCUUUUGAAAAGUGUAUCUUGGUCAAAAUAAACGUUUGAUUUCACCAAAUUUUUACAUUCUGUCAUAAAAAGAACAUGUUUUCCCAUCUCAAAAAAAUUACAGUAGUAAUGCCAAAUAAAGUAACUGGGUUGACCGUAACACGGUUGACCAUAACUGGGUUGACGAUUUCAUCUUAAAUCUGCCAUAAAUCCCGUUGUGACAGGGGUAAUGCUGGGCUCCCUGCCUGUGCCAUUAAACCCCUACAACUCAUCCAGAAUGCCGCAGCCCGUCUGGUGUUCAACCUUCCCAAGUUCUCUCACGUCACCCCCCUCCUCCGCACACUCCACUGGCUUCCAGUUGAAGCUCGCAUCCGUUACAAGACCAUGGUGCUUGCCUAUGGAGCAUAUAAUAUAAUAACAUAAUAUGCCAUUUAGCAGACGCUUUUAUCCAAAGCGACUUACAGUCAUGCGUGCAUACAUUUUUGUGUAUGGGUGGUCCCGGGGAUCGAACCCACUACCUUGGCGUUACAAGCGCCGUGCUCUACCAGCUGAGCUACAGAGGAACGGCACCUCCGUACCUUCAGGCUCUGAUCAGUCCCUACACCCAAACGAGGGCAUUGCGUUCAUCCACCUCCGGCCUGCUGGCUCCCCUUCCUCUGCGGAAGCAUAGUUCCCGCUCAGCCCAGUCAAAACUGUUCGCUGCUCUGGCACCCCAAUGGUGGAACAAGCUCCCUCACGACGCCAGGACAGCGGAGUCACUCACCACCUUCCGGAGACAUUUGAAACCCCACCUCUUUAAAGGAAUACCUGGAUAGAUAAGAAUACCUGGACCCCCCCCCCCCCCCCAAAAAACAUAAAUAAACUUAUAUUAAAGGUAUCCACUUAUAGGUAGCACAAUUGUAAUCGCUCGGAUACGCGCUAAAUGACGUAGUAAUGUAAAUGUAAAUGUAAUUAAUGAAGUUUUUGUGGCAAGGGAGUGGAUUGAAUGAAGAUACACCCCCAAUGAAUGCUAAAAAUUUCGCCUUGUAUCUAGGUAAAGCCGGGUUGAGUUUUGUGCUCAACCCGCUCAGUUUUCCUCACAAACACCGAAAUGGCCAAAAAAGUGACAUCACUGCUUUACACUAGAUUGAUAUAGAUUUCAUUUUUUUUUUUUUUUUUUUUUUUUUUUUUUUUUAGAUUCACGGAGUCGUUCUGUAACCGGUUGCCUUAAAGAGUGCGACGUAAUGAUCAUAUCACAUUAAAUAAUAUAAUCUAGAAAUGACUUGUCAAGCACAUAAUAUAACAGACAUUUAAAAUGCAAUAUUGGUGCACAAUUUCUACUUAAAAUAUCAAAGGGAUGCAAAAGGCUCUCUUUUCGUGGAACGACCCAAAAAUCUCUUCUGUUCUUCUCCUUGUCGUCCCCAGGAUUUAAUGAAGAAGCCCACCAUCACGGUGCCGACCACCAAGCACCUGGUUCGCCUGGCUGAGAUGGAGCAGACGGUGGUGGAACAAGACCGCUCUCUGUCCUCCCUGACCGACCGGCUGAAGGGCCUCACUGCAGAGCUGGACAGGCAGAGGAACCUCACAGCCAUGCAGGCCAAGGAGCAUGCCUCAGAGAGGGCUAAGUAAGUCACUGGCCGGCUCAAGAUGCACACCAAAGAUACUCAGUGCUAAGCUGCAUACAUUGUUUACCUGAUCUGUCAUGUAAUUGAGAAUUGAGAUCUGCAUUUACGUUGGCCUACUGUACGUGAUCAGGAAAAGUGAAUUUGAUGGUAUCCCAGGCCUAGGAAAAAGGUAGCAAGAAACAGUCAAUGAUGAAGCUAUAUCUAAGCUAGGAUUAGGCAUGUUUAACUCACAAAAUAUGUAUUAUUCAGUUGUCUUUGUCGAUAAUUUCAUCCUAUCUAUACAAACUGUGUUUAACCAAUUUGACCUGUGCCCUGUGUUUAGCUUAACCCCACUGUGUGUUCCAGGCUGGAGGAACGUCAUGCAGCCCAGGCCAAGGCCCUGUCAGGGGAGGCUGAGGAGCAGCGGGCUCAGCUGGGUCACAUGGAGAAGGAGCUGCACUACCUCCGCACAGAGCUGGAGGCACAGAAACAGGCCAACGUCCGCUCGCCCAGCAACACCAUGAAGAACCUGGUGGAGAGACUCAAAGCACAGCUCAACCAGAAAGAGAAACAACUGAAGGUGAAGAAUAGGAAGAUACAGUUGUGGCCAGAUAUAUUGGCACCCUUGCACUUUUCUUAAAUCAUUCUUAUAAUCUCCACCCGGCACAACCAGAAGAGGACUGGCCACCCCUCAGAGCCUGGUGCCUCUCUAGGUUUCUUCCUAGGUUCCUGCCUUUCUAGGGAGUUUUUCCUAGCCACUGUGCUUCUACAUCUGCAUUGCUUGCUCUUUUGGGUUUUAAGCUGGGUUUCUGUAUAAGCACUGUGUAGCUCAGUUGGUAGAGCAUGGCGCUUGCAACGCCAGGGUUGUGGGUUCGAUUCCCACGGGGGGCCAGUAUGAAAAAUAAAUAAAAUGUAUACACUCACUACCUGUAAGUCGCUCUGGAUAAGAGCGUCUGCUAAAUGACUAAAAUGUAAAUGUGAAAAGGGGCUUUAUAAAUAAAUGUGAUUGAUUAUUUGUAUUUUUUUUGGAGGGGGGGGGAAUUUAGCAGACGCUCUUAUCGAGAGAGACUUACAGGAGCAAUUGGGGUUAAGUGCCUUUGCUCAAGGGCACAUCGACAGAUGUUUCACCUAGUCGGAUUAGAACCAGCGACCUUUCGGUUCCUGGCACAACGCUCUUAACCACUAAGCUACCUGCCACACCUUGUUAUUGGAAUUUCAACAUUGCAGAACCAAUUUUAUUUUUGUAAACUUAAGUUUACAAUUUUAAUUGAGAAAAUAAAGACAAAUGGCAUGGACAAACGUAUUGGCACCCCGGAGAUAGUACUUGGUUGCACAGCCUUUGGCCAAGAUAACUGCAGACAAACACUAGCCAUCAAUGAGCUUUCUGCACCUUUCUACUGACAAUGUUGCCCACUUUUCAGCAGCAAACUGCUCAAAUUCUUCAAUCUUUGAGGGGUUCCCCCAACCAACUGCUGUUUUCAGAUCUUGCCAUAGGUUAUGGAUGUGAUUCAGAUCUGAAAUCUUCGCUGGCCACUCCAGAACCUUCCAGGAUCUCUUAACCAUUCCUAGGUGCUUUUGAUGUGUGUUUGGGGUCGUUGUCCUGCUGGAAGACCCACAACCUUCAAUGGAGACCCAGUUUUUGGACACUGGGUUGAACAUUGGACUCCAAAACUCCUGAUAAUCUGCUGAUUUCAUGAUGCCUGGCGCAUGUUCAAGGCCCCCAGUACCAAAGGCAGCAAAGCAACCCCACAGCAUUAUUGAACCUCCCCCAUCUUUGAUUGUAGGGAGGGUGUUCCUUUAAUUGAAUACUUAAUUUGGUCGUCAGUAAACACAGUGCUAAUCGGUAUUGCCAAAGAGCUCUAAUUUUGUUAAAUUGGUCCACAGAACAUUUUCCCCAGGAUUUAGGCUUGUUUAGGUGGGUUUUUGAGAAGUUCAAUCAGGCUUUCUUGUGUCUCCUUCAGCAGUGGGGUCUUCCUAUAUUUACCAAUGACCAAAUGAAACGUUCAAAGAAAAUAACACCCUACCUACAAUGAUACUGUGGGGUUGCUUUGCUGCCUCUGGUACUGGGGGGCCUUGAAUGUGUGCAAGAUAUUAAAUCAGUAGAUUAUUAAGGUGUUUUGGAGUGCAAUGUUCAAUCCAGUGUCCAAAAACUGUCUCUCUGUUGAAGGUUAUGGAUCUUGCAGCAGGACAACAACCCCAAACGCACAUAUAAAGCACCCUGGAAUGGUUCAAGAAGAAACGCUGUACUGUUCUGGAGUGGCCAGUGAAGAGUCAAAAUCUGAAUCACAUCCAUAACCUAUGGCGAGAGCUGAAAACAGCAGUUGGUGGAGUGCACCCCUCAAAUAUUAAAGAAGUAGAGCAGUUUGCUGCUGUAGAUUGGGCCAAAUUGCCAGUAGAAAGGUGCAGCAAGCUCAUUGAUGGCUACAAGAAGCAUUUGUUGGCAGUUAUCUUGGCCAAAGGCUGUGCAACCAAGUACUAUCUCCGGGGUGCCAAUACGUUUGUCCAUGCCAUUUGUCUUUAUUUUCUAAAUAAAAAUGGUAAACUUAAGUUGACAAAAAUAAAAUUGGUUCUGCAAUGUUGAAAUUCCAAUAGCAAGGUGUGGAGAACCAAAGUUUUUUUUUAAUUUGUUGCUCAUUUGAGAAGAAGUAGGGAAUUAUUUGAGAAAAGUGCAAGGGUGCUAAUAUAUUUGGCCGCUACUGUAUCUGUUGGUCUGGCUCUGUAGAACUGUACCUGUGUAUCGUCAGUGUAGUUACAGCAUCUUGGGAGCAUGAACAUGUCUGCCACACUCUUCCUGAUUUUAUAGGAACGUCACUAUAGACUGACUAAACAGACCGUAACUAUAUUAUUCCUCUCUCCAUCUCUCUCUCCCUUCUUCCCCCUUUCUCUCUCUAUCAGGCUCUGAGUAAGGCCCUGUUGGCGCUGAGGGCAGAGAUGACAUCCCAUGCGGAGCAGCAGAUAAUAGCCAACGCAUCUCACAGAGAGGAUAGCCUCAAUGUCCAGCUGCUGGUAGACAAGCAUACCAAGGACCUCAAGGUUGGUCCCCAUCACUCUCUCAAUCUCAAAGCAUAUUAGGUACCAUGCUAUUAAUCGCUUCUGUGCUCAUGAACUAACACUUACAUAAUUUCAAACGCUUAAAACACAAUCUGCUAACACUCGUAAGUGAUAGAGGGUUGAUCUUUCCUGAUAAAUGUUAAGAUUCCCAGUCAUGGCACAACAUCAGCAUGUUACACUGCAAAUGUUUUUAUAUCCCAAUUAUCAAUACAGAAUAACUUUAACAUAAUAAUAAUAAUAAUAUGCCAUUUAGCAGACGCUUUUAUCCAAAGCGACUUACAGUCAUGCGUGCAUAAAUUUUUGUGUAUGGGUGGUCCCGGGGAUCGAACCCACUACCUUGGCGUUACAAGCGCCGUGCUCUACCAGCUGAGCUACAGAGGACCACAUAUUGUCAAGUGGCACAGUAUAUCCCUUGAAUACAUACCAAGAUAUGUUAAUCUGGUUGUUUCCAUCAGGCUCGUGUGCAGGAGCUAAACGAGGAGCUCCAGGGGGCGAAGGAGGCUGUGAAGGCGGGGAGGGGGAGGGAGAACACACUGAAGGAGGAGGUGGAGGGCCUGAACAGGGACCUCCAGAAGAGCCUGAAGACCCAGAGCAAGCUGCAGGGGGAGAAUGAGGAGAGAGACGAGGAGAUCCAGGAACUCAAACAGCGAAUCAAGAGGCUCAACAGCGGACUGCAGGUCAGUGACACAGUCUCGUUUCUGUGUACAAUCGGCAAGCUAGGGAAUAGGAAUGUGCGUAUUUUAUUAUUAUUAUGUAAUCUAAUUGGAUGGACAAUAGUUGUGCAAUAUAUAAAUUGAUUGAGGGGGGGGCUCUGUUAGUAUGUUUGAUUGAUAAUCUAUUUGUGUUAUCAAUCUAUGUAAUUGUUUAAAUUGUGUAUGUGGGAGCGCGUCUGCAUGUGCGCACACGUCUGUGUGUCAAAAAUAUGUUUUUGAACUUUGUGUGUUGAUGCUUGUAAAUAAUUGUGACUGUGUUGUGUGCAGGGUCAAUCUGAGCCUGAGGGGAAGGGUCCCACAGUAGAGGCACUGCAGAAGAAGAUCCGUAAGUUGGAGUCGGAGCUGGAGAGGAGAGGUGUACCAGAGUCAACAACAGAGAGGAAAGGUGUUGGCCUAAAGGAUGACAAGGUGAAUACAUACUGUUUUACCCACCUCAUUUAUGUAAUGUAUUCUAGUCAAGGCUCAUCCUGUAUAACUACUACUGUACACACCUUUUCUAUUCAUAUACAUUUACAUGACAUUUUAGUCAUUUAGCAUAUACUGUCCAUAAUGUCUAUACACACCUUCAUAUACUGUACUGUUUAUAUUUUGGACUCUGACAUUGAUCAUUCUAAUAUUUCUAUAUUUCUUCAUUCCUUUAUUUUAUUUUUUGGGAUUUGCAUGUAUUGUUAGGUAUUACUGCACUGUUGGAGCUACGAACAUAAGCAUUUCGCUACAUCCGCAAUAACAUCUGCAAAAUAUGUGUACAAUAAUAUUUGAUUUGAUUUGAUAUCCCUCCCUCCCUGUCCCACUGCAUGUUGACUCCAUAGAGAUCCUAUAGAUCCUCCAUAGAGAUCCUAUAGAUCCUCCAUAGAGAUCCUAUAAUUCAAUUCCUGUAUUUCAUGGACAUUCACAAAUACAAGGUAUUUCAGUAUUGGAACGAACAUAAAUGAUGUGACAUGAAGAUCCACCGCCUCAUAAUCACACUAUCUAUCCUGCAGACGAAUAAAGAAGAGAUAGUGCGGUGGGAGGAGGGAAAGAAGUGGCAGGCCAGGAUGGAGAAAGUGAGGAACAUUCUGAAAGAGAAGGAGAGGGAAACAGAGAAUGUCUCUAAGCAGCUGAGUACUCUCAAGGAGCUCUACGCCAGGUUAGAACCAACACACUCAUGGUGCAAGGGGUGUAGCCACACCAUAAGACAACAUACACUUCCCACACACUCCAUGAAGACACACUAAGUGUAACAGUACUCCAAAAUAACCCUGUUACAUAAGCACAUACAUUUAAACUGACACAGACGCACAUGCACACAUGACCCUGCUUACUCAUACACAAUAGACAUCGAACACUCACUCACUCCCCUCUUCACUCCAAGACCCCUUAGCCAUAUGGUCUUACGUUGUGCCAUGUCCCUGGUUGUCCCUUUGUGUUCAGACUGGAGCAAGAGAAGGCAGGUCUGCAGAGGAAACUGAAAGGUCGUGGCGUGACGGCAGAUCAGGUGGUGGGGGUGAGGACGCAGGAGUCUGAGAAAGACCUGGAUGAGCUGAAGAGGAGGAACGCUGAACUGGAGCAACAGAUCCUCACCAUAAAGUAGGUGUUUCAGACAUUGUAAUGUAACCUGUGCUAUUGGUUCGUUUAAUAGCAAAUAUUUUUCUUUAGUAGCUCAAAAUCCUUAAAUCACAAAUGGUUAGGUUUGAGUUUAGUGGAGUGAAUCAAAAAACAAAAUGUAGCGUGAUUCAAUUUGAAUUUAAGGAACAUAUGCCUAGAUAGGGCUUUUUUUGUGGAUAACUAAGAUGGUGGGAACACAUCGACAGCACUAUUAUCUCUUGUGAUGUUCGCAGAGUUUGUGAUUGUAGUAUAACCAGACCAACCCUUGUAGGACUAACAUUUUCCUCUAUGUCCAUUCCAGACAGCAGCAGGCCCUACCCAGAGAUGCUGCCAUGGAGGACAUGAACUUGAGGAACCGCUACCUGGAGGACAGGCUUCACUCCCUGGAGAGCCAGAAGUCCAAGGACCCCACCUCCAGGCCCUCUGUAAGAUACACACUGACUGACCCAAACAUGAGCUGAGACUGCAGUACCUUUUAUACACAAACACAGGAAAACACACUAAAACUGCAGGGCUUGACCUUGAAAGUUUGUGAAAACUCACUCAGAAACAACAGACAACCACUGUUUAAAAAUAUUGUCAACCCUCUUUCAUCUCGCUAUGUAUGUAUUUUUGCAUUAAUUUCACACUUAAGCCAUCAGUGACUAAGUCAUUAGGUUUCUACACUUUCUUUCUCUUUGUGAAUCUUCACUUCAUCUCUUAUUCUCUUUUCUACUUCUCUCUUCCACCCACUCCUCAAUCCCAUUCGAUGCACGUGAAGGAGGGGAGAAGUUUGGUCUCCCCGUCCAUGUCCUUGAAAGGGCAUUGUUCGCUGACGUUUGAUGUUGGUGACGUCCAUGAGAAAAAGAGGGUCAUGACCUCCUUGGCCAAUGACAGUGUAGCCUGUCAGACAGAUGGCACGUCAGCCCACAAGGAGGUGGCAAUACACCCAAACCAAGGGCAGAAAGAAACCCAGACAGUCUUUGAUGGAACGAAUGACAGUGUACCUGAGGCAGAGCAGACAGAGAAACCAAGCAGGGCAGAGAGUGGAGAACAGGGGAAAACAGAAGAGACUGGAGGGGGAGGACAUUUUGAACAGACUGAAGAUGCAGGAGAGGGAGAUGGAGAACAGGGGAAAACAGAAGAGACUGGAGGGGGAGGACAUUUUGAACAGACUGAAGAUGCAGGAGAGGGAGAUGGAGAACAGGGGAAAACAGAAGCAGCUGGAGGGGGAGGACAUUUUGAACAGACUGAAGAUGCAGGAGAGGGAGAUGGAGAACAGGGGAAAACAGAAGCGGCUGACAGAGAGUCCCAGCAGGAGAACCUGGAAAAAAGCCACGCAGUGUCAGAGAAUGUCAAUGAGGUGGCUGUUGCUGAACUAGUGGACAUAACCACAGAGGAGAAUCUCAUUGCCAGACAGGAUUCUACAAGUGACACUGUGCUGGAUUUGAGUAUACCCAAAGCAUAGAAAUAGAAUGAAUAGAACAGGCUUGGAACCUCUAACCCUGGCAAUUUGACUGGUGAACUCAUAGGUACACUCACAAUGGCUGCAUGGUAUUGUGAUGCAAUAAUUUCCAUGGUAAUGUAGAAUGUUCAUUCAAAUGAUGUUAACUGAUGUGGCUCAUGCGAUGGAAUGGAUUUUUUGUAAUUUCAGUUGAGUAGAAUCAACAAAUUGCAGCACAUAUUGAUGGGUACCCAUAGGAGCAAAGCAGGAAGUUAAAAAAAUAUUUUAAGAAGUGUACCAUACAAUUCCUUUUUUAUUUUUUUACUUCCUGCUUUGCUCCUAUGGGUACACUCGCAAUGGCCGCCAGUCCACCCAUUAUGCCAUAAUUGACUUGAAUGGGGACACCCAUUCUAUUCAAUCUAUUUCUACGAUCCAAAACCCCUACAUCCCAGAGUCCAGAGUGAGCCAUCAACCUCUGAGAGGCCUGAGUCAGCUAAACCUGCAUCUGAACAAGCCAGGUAGUGUGAUGGGUACAGAUAAUGCAGAGGAUACAGGGGGAGACAGAGAUGGAAGAGAUGGAGACACAGAGGGAGGUGGAGAUGGAAAUUAAGUGGGACAGUGGAGGAAACGGUCAGAAAAGAAGAGGACGUCAUAAUGGAGCUGGACGUCGACCCCAGUGCAGACCUCAUUGAUGGCGUCUCUGACAGUUUUAUCAUCAAGGAACUCUACAUUGAUGAUAUCACCGACAGCAAGCUCGAGUUUGCUUCGGAGAGUAUCCAUGGCGCCGAGCUGGAUUCCGAGGUCAUUACCAAUGACAUUAAGAAGAUAAGACAAAAGGCCAAAUCUUUGAAUCCCCAAACUCAUAAGGUACCAAAGGCUGCCCCUGGCUUCCACCCUGCCAAGAUGCUAGUGGAGUGUUUGAGCUAGCAGAAAGUGCCACAUCUACCCGCAGUGUUUGGCUUGAUAGAAUAUUAGGCUCCCAGUCUGUGUACAGUACCUCAUUCCAGUCCUAGGCGCUACGUUUUUGUAUGUUUAUCCACGUGGUCACCACCUUACACUUAAUUUAUUUGCUCCCUUCAUCUCUCCUUCCUUCUCUCCCAAUAAAUUGUUCUUUUUUUGCUUAGUCACAUUCUGAUUGUGUAAGCGUGACAUUUACAUUACAUUUUAGUCAUUUAGCAGACACUCUUAUCCAGAGCGACUUACAGUUAGUGAGUGCAUACAUGUUUUUUUUGUUAUUUAUUUUCUUUCAGACAUCAGGGAGAGGUUCAGGCACCCCCUCGCAGAAAGAGCACGAGCUUCAAAGAGAGAACCUGAAGCUUUCCUCAGAGAACCUGGAGCUCCGCUUUCAACUGGAACAGGCCAACAAGGACCUGCCCAGACUAAAGGUAUGGUAGAUACAUUUUCGGGGGAUUUAACUAAAAACAAAGCUGCAGAUCAUUAGCUCCCUUUCAACUGGGGCCUUGAAGCCCAAUAACUUAAGCCCUGGAACUAAGUUCAAGCAACAGGUUAAGACCUCAGUGGAUAGGGGGAUUUUAAGACCUUUGGUCUAUUCAGAUCUGCCAGAGAUGUUUGUUUUCCAGCUUAUCCAGCUUAUCCAAUGAUACCCUCUCUACUUAACUGAUAGGACCAAGUUGCAGACCUCAAAGAGAUGUACAAUGUUCUGAAGAAGGAAAAGGCUGAGGUGGAGAAAAAACUGGGCCACGUCCGUGGGGUAGGUCUAUCCUAGUCGAUUUUAGUCAUAUGGAUGACGCAUGAGGUUUGAGUAUAGAAAAUAAUUUUUUUUGGGGGGGGGUUAUUAUUUAGGGUUAAAGAACACUCCAGGCCACACUUGAAUGUAUAAAACUAGAUAGAAAGUAUGUAGAAAUUAUAAUGGACCUAUAUAUUUUCAAAUAACUGCACGUUUUUAUGGCCAGUAAAUCGAUUUUGAGAAACAAAUCAGUCAUAAAAAAAGGCCCUCCGUUGAAUUUCGAAAUCCCAAUGUGGCUCUCGAGCCAAAAGGUUUGCCCACCGAUCUGAGAUCGACUUAAAUUAUUUUUUUGCUUUAAUCUCUGCUUGUGUACACUGAGUGUACAAAACAUUAAGAACACCUGCUCUUUCCAUAACAUAGACAGACCAGGUGAAUCCAGGUGAAAGCUAUGAUCCCUUAUUGAUGUCACUUGUUAAAUCCACUUAAAUCAGUGUAGAAGGAGUUUUAAGCCUUGAGACAAUUGAGACAUGGAUUGUGUAUGUAUGCCAUUCAGAGGGUGAAUGGGCAAGACAACAGAUUGAAGUGUCUUUGAACGGGGUAUGGUAGUUGGUGCCAGGCGCACCGGUUUGUGUCAAGAACUGCAACACUGCUCGUUUUUUCACGCUCAAUAGUUUCCCGUGUGUAUCACGAAUGGUCCACCACCCAAAGGACAUUCAGCCAACUUGACACAACUGUGGGAAGCAUUGGAGUCAACAAGGGCCAGCAUCCCUGUGGAAUGCUUUCGACACCUUGUAGAGUCCAUGCCCCAACGAAUUGAGGCUGUUCUGAGGGAAAGGGGGGGGUUGCAACUCAAUAGUAGGAAGGUGACGUAAAUGUACAUGUGUUCUUAAUGUUUUGUACACUCGGUGUAUACAGAUGUUGUAUUCCCAUGUCGUCAGGCUGUAAGUCUACUCUAUCUAUGACACCUGCCUGUGUUCACUCUUGUUUUACUGACUUGGCACGUAGAGAGGUUCUCACUUUACAGUCAAUUUAACCAUCUAGUAAAAGUGUAUGAUACAACAACUGGAUCACAUGACUGAAUGAAACUCUUUCCUGUCCACUGUAGGCGGGUCGCAGCGGUAAAACUGUGCCAGAGUUGGAGAAGACCAUCGGGCUGAUGAAGAGAGUGGUGGAGAGGGUGCAGAAGGAGAACGAGACGCUGAAGAAAACUCCAGCAGCACUGAGUCAGGAACAGCUCACAGCUCUGGAGCGCAAACAUGAAAAACUCAAGGUGAACUCUUGUUGAACUACUUGUGUAAUAGGGCAUGAGAUGUCCUAUUCCAUUUUUAACAACCAGUGGAGCUGUUCAAGUUCAAAUGUUUAAAAAAUAGAUUUUGUCCUCUUGCUCUCUGUCUUCUCUAGAACGAUUACGAGAAGCUCAAGGGAAACACCGAAGCACAGCUGAGCUCCAGACUAGAGACCAAAACCAAAGGAGUAGAGAAAAUUGUGAUGGAAAACGAACGUUUACGCAAAGAGAUUAAAAGGGUAUGUGUCCUGCCCCAUCCCUUUUUCAUGGUAUGCAUAGUUACAACAUUUAGUCAAGUCUCAGGACUCAUUUUAAUUUUUUUGUUGCAGGAGACUGAGGCUGCGGAGAGGCUGAAGGUGGCCAAGACCAGUCUGGAGAUGACCAAUGAGAAGCUGGAGGCUGAGCUGGAGGAGGCCAGACAACGGCUAGUGGCAGCCCAGUCCAGAGUCAUCCCUGAGGGGGUCGACAGUAAGACCUGGAAGGCUACUGUGGUAACAAGGUGAGGGAUCUGUUGAAAUGGACGAAGUCAACCACUCAGUCCUCAUCUGACCAAAAGACACGAGCGAACUCACUAACCCUGUUUCUUGGACUGUAACUACUUAAUGUAUAACCUAGAGCAGGGGUUCUAAAAAUUUUUGCUUCGUGACCCACCAAUUGAGGUGUCUUUUGAGUCACGACCCACCAUAAGGGUUGAGCGGUGAAAACACAUACACAGACCAAAGAAUAAAGUAAAAAAAUAUAUAAUCUUGGCAGCAGAGAGAACAUUUUGUAGUUUUAGAGAACAUUUUAAUUUUGCCAAAAAGCUAAGAGAAAAUGUUGCAGUUAAGCUAACAUGACUAAUGCUGUGUUUAUGCUCAGACAUUGUAACAAAAUCAAUGUGGGCCUGAUUGUCUAGAGUUUAUUUUGUUGAUUGUAAAUUCACCAAGAUUAUAGGCUAUUAUUUAAAAAUAUAUACAGUACCAGUCAAAAGUUUGGACACACCUACCCAUUCCAGGGUUUUUCUUUAUUUGGACUAUUUUCUACAUUGUAGAAUAAUAGUGAAGACAUCAAAACUAUGAAAUAACACAUAUGGAAUCAUGUAGUAACCAAAAAAGUGUUAAACAAAUCAAAAUAUAUUUUAUAUUUUAUAUAUAUAUAUUUUUAUAUAUUUAUAUAUUUGAGAUUCUUCAAAGUAGCCACCCUUUGCCUUGAUGACGGCUUUGCACACUCUUGGCAUUCUCUUAACCAGCUUCAUGAGGUAAUCACCUGAAAUGAAUUUCAAUUAACAGGUGUGCCUUGUUAAAAGUUAAUUUGUGGAAUUUAUUUCCUUCUUAAUGCGUUUGAGCCAAUCAGUUGUGUUGUGACAAGGUGGGGGGGUAUACAGAAGAUAGCCCUAUUUGGUAAAAGACCAAGUCCAUAUUAUGGCAAGAAAAGCUCAAAUAAGCAAAGACAAAUGACAGUCCAUUAUUACUUUAGGACAUGAAGGUCAGUCAAUCUGGAAAAUGUCAAGAACUUUGAAAGUUUCUUAAAGUGCAGUCGCAAAAACCAUCAAGCGCUAUGAUGAAACUGGCUCUCAUGAGGACCGCCACAGGAAAGGAAGACCCAGAGUUACCUCUGCUGCAGAGGAUAAGUUCAUUAGAGUUAACUACACCUCAGAUUGCAGCCCAAAUAAAUGCUUCACAGAGUUCAAGUAACAGACACAUCUCAACAUCAACUGUUCAGAGGAGACUGCGUGAAUCAGGCCUUCAUGGUUGAAUUGCUGCAAAGAAACCACUACUAAAGGACACCAAUAAGAAGAAGAGACUUGCUUGGGCCAAGAAACACGAGCAAUGGACAUGAGACCGGUGGAAAUCUGUCCUUUGGUCUGAUGAGUCCAAAUUUGAGAUUUUUGGUUCCAACCGCCGUGUCUUUGUGAGACGCAGAGUAGGUGAACGGAUGAUCUCCACAUGUGUGGUUCCCACCGUGAAGCAUGGAGGAGGAGGUGUUAUGGUGUGGGGGUGCUUUGCUGGUGACACUGUCUGUGAUUUAUUUAGAAUUCAAGGCACACUUAACCAGCAUGGCUACCACAGCAUUCUGAAGCGAUACGCCACCCAUCUGGUUUGCGCUUUCAACAGGACAAUGACCCAACACACCUCCAGGCUGUGUAAGGGCUAUUUGACCAAGAAGGAGAGUGAUGGAGUGCUGCAUCAGAUGACCUGGCCUCCACAUUCACCCGACCUCAACCCAAUUGAGAUGUUUGGGAUAAGUUGGAACGCAGAGUGAUGGAAAAGCAGACAACAAGUGCUCAGCAUAUGUGGGAACUCCUUCAAGACUGUUGGAAAAGCAUUCCAGAUGAAGAUGGUUGAGAGAAUGCCAAGAGUGUGCAAAGCUGUCAUCAAGGCAAAGGGUGGCUACUUUGAAGAAUCUCAAAUAUAAAAUAUAUUUUGAUUUGUUUAACACUUUUUUGGUUACUACAUGAUUCCACGUGGUGGCCCCGUGUAGCUCAGUUGGUAGAGCAUGGCGCUUGCAACGCCAGGGUUGUGGGUUCGAUUCCCACGGGGGGCCAGUAUGAAAAUGUAUGCACUCACUAACUGUAAGUCGCUCUGGAUAAGAGCGUCUGCUAAAUGACAUAAAUGUAAAAUGUAUUCUACAAUGUAGAGAAUAAUCAAAAUAAAGAAAAACCCUUGAAUGAGUAGGUGUAUACAAACCUUUGACUGGUACUGUAUAUUAUUUUAUAUAUACUACCGGUCAAAGGUUUUAGAACAGCUACUCAUUCAAGGGUUUUUCUUUAUUUUGACUAUUUUCUACAUUGUAGAAUAAUAGUGAAGACAUCAAAACUAUGAAAUAACACGUAUGGAAUCAUGUAGUAACCCAAAAAGUGUUAAACAAAUCAAAAAUAUUUUAUAUUUGAGAUUCUUCAAAGUAGCCACCCUUUGCCUUGAAGUAGCUCCCACACAUGCUGAGCACUUGUUGGCUGCUUUUCCUUCACUCUGCGGUCCGACUCAUCCCAAACCAUCGCAAUUUGGUUGAGGUCGGGGGAUUGUGAAGGCCAGGUCAUCUUAUGCAGCACUCCAUCACUCUCUAUCUAGGUAGAAUACCAAGCCAACGUAGGCUAGAGUGGGAUGUCUUGAAACUAGAUGGCUGACUGAAAGAGGUUGGUUUCCCUCCCUUCCUUUAGGAUGUUUGAGAGUAAGAUGAAAGCGCUGGAGCAGGACAUCAGCCAGAAGAACUCCAGUCUCUCAGAGCUCAGGCUGCAGCUGCGAGAGGCCAGUGAGAGGGAGGAGAGAGCACAUCGAGUCGCCAGCCAACUACAGGAGCAGGUAAGCGUAAGGGCUCCACACAGUCUACGCAACGGAUCUGACGUAGCUUUGUUUGCGUAGCUCUCUACGUAGUUCUACAUACUCUUGUGCGGCUGAAUUUUUGGAACGCGACGCAAACGGAGCUCCGUAGCUCUGAUUGCGUAGACUGUGAAAUCACUGUGCGGUUCUUCAUUUUUCUCAAUGUCUGAGUCUUGAAUGGCACCCUAUUCCCUAUAUAGUGCAAUACUAUUAACCAGGGCUCAUAGGGCUCUGGUCAAAAGUAGUGCACUACAUAGGGAAUAGGGUGCCAUAUGAAGCUGGUGCACUUGUCGUUCUGGGCCAAUCAAACCAGAUGGUUUAUAUAAAGAAAAUUAAGUAGCAUUCUAGUACUAUGCUGCAUUAUUUUUAUGGUGGUGAAAACAUUUGUUUUUGUUCGGAAGGUGGAGCUGUUGAACAACUUUCCCACCGCAGCAAACACUGAGUCAGGCCUCGCCAAGGAGUUCCAGUCAACAAGGUGAAUAUAUCCCAUAGGCCAGCUCUUCAAUGUAGACAAACCUGUGAUGCAUCUAACCUGAUUGCCUUUGCAUACCAUAGCAUUACAAACGUAUGGUUCACACAUAGCUAACAUGGGAAUGCAUUAUCAAAUGUAAACAACAAAGUGAAGGGAAUUGAAAACAGAAUGUAUGUUUGUAAUAUCCAUUACUACACGGAUGGGUCAUAUUUGUUCAUGAAAAUUAGACGUUUGAUUUGCCCUCCGUUAGUCACCCACAGGAAUGUCUAUCCCGUUUUGUCUUUAGAUUGACCAAUAACCAGCUGGAGAGGGAGAAGGAAGCGCUGGUACAGAAGCGCAGUGAGUACACUAAGAAUAUGAGCCAACCUCUGCUGGGCCAGUUUAGACAUGUAAAGGCAAUGUGGUCCUGUUUGACAAGUUUCCACUUCAAGAUGGAAGAUGUGUAUUAUUGAUGUGUUCAUGCGUGUUCUGUGAUGUCAAACUAAACUUGUCCUGUUCAGGAAUCAUGCAGAACCUGAAUAGGCGCAGUAGCUAACUAGCACAAUAUGCACAUCAACAAGUGUGUCAUCUUUUUGUCGUCAGGGUAUGAGGAGCUACAAGCCCUGCUGAAGGCCACUGGUGAGGAAAAAAGGCAGUUGCAGGUAUUGUGACUUCUGUGAUCUAUUCCUCAUCUAUUUGGGUUGUUUUGAGUGAAGAAAAGUAAGAAUGGCUUGUUCUAAUCUAUUCCUCUGUGAACAUAUUUUUUAUUACCUUCCCGAUUCCAGGCCGAAGUGAAAAAGAUGAAGAUGGAACUGGAGAACUUUGACCCAACAUUCUUUGAGGAGAUCGAGGAUCUGAAGUUCAAUUACAAUCUGGAGGUGAAGAAGAACAUUGUUCUGGAAGAGCAACUGAAGAAAGUGUGUGAACAGUUUGGUGUAGCAGCUGCAGAUAUCCCUGAUGUGUCCAUCAGCUAA